AUGAGAAAGAAGCUCGAAACUCUUUGCCAAGGAGGAAAGAGCCCCAUUGUUGUGAAGACUCUCUUAUUACAAGGACCAUCCGGACAUGGAAAAAAUCAUUCAGCAGCAAAUCUGAUGGCCACAAUUUACACAACGCAAAUAACAAAUUCUUUCCGAUCACAAGCUGAUCAGGAUAAACCAAAAUUGUUCCUAAAAAAACCCACGAUAAGAUGGACUCUAAAUGCGACCAAUAAACAGACGUUGUUUGAUAGUUACAGAAGUCUUGCUAAAGCAAUUGGGUUGAUCGAGGAAGCCACUGAUGCUUAUAUGGAACUCCCACUUCACAGCAGGACAUUGGAGGGGAGGCGAUAUCAAAUGCACCUCCGCAAUCUUUGUGAGAAAAACGCCUAUGAUGAAGCUCUUGAACAGAUAUACGCAAAAGUUAUGAAGGAGCUCCGACAGAAAGGCUCAUGGGUCCUUUACAUCAAAGGAUCCACAGCGGAAAAGGUGGCUUCUCUUAGGAGAUUUUGGCCUCAACCGGGUGAUAACAGGUUUGGAAAUGGUCUGGUCAUAAUGACUACUGGUGAUGGCAACUCCAAACACCUGUUUCGAGAUGAGGAUGACUCUGUACUGCAGAAAGUGCACAUUGGAAAAAUGACAGACGAAGAUUCAGUUCAAUUUCUUCAAAGAAAAACGGGCAUAACAGCAACUGGAGGUGACACAACGAAUGCUGAAGACAUAGCCAUUAAAAUGCUUAAGUGCAAUCCUCAAGAUAUAGCAAAGUGAGUAAUAGAAUGAUCAAAGAACAUUUUACUGUAGCGCCAGGGCUGGAAGUAAAGCACGUCAUUUACAUCAUCCACGUUAUUUCUCCCACGUAAUGACUACACUAAAAGAAUACUGAAGAAUGCGAUUGGCAAAAUUACAGGUCGGGAGUUUCUUCCGCCAACCCUGUUAGGUGACCAUAAAAAGAAAUUUUAAAUCAUGGAAAAUGAUUAAUGAAUGAUGAAACAAAGUUUUCAAUGGCGCUAGAACUUCCAACAAAGCACUUUCUUUACCAACAUUUUUGUCUGCCGUGCAAUGCCAACAAAGACAAUUGGUGAAGUUACUAAAUUGAGUGUCUUUCGUCAGCCCAGGUGUAGCAGCCAAAAUAAUAUAUGAAUUAAAGGACCGAGUUUACCCAUUUUAUCUUUGAGCCCCUUGUAUUACUUGUUUAAAAGUUUAUGCCAGAUACAACGUUAAUUGUAGUGCACAUUAAUUUUUUGUCCACGUUUAUAAACAACCAUCUCAUCUUUGAAAGUCUUUUUUCCUUUGCUGCCUGAGGCUGUAAAGAGUGCAAAGGGUGAGGCUAAGUCGUUUUACUGUUUGCUAUUCUUCACUUAAGAUUUGGAGCAUUUGUGAAAAACCACAAGGAAGAAACCAAUGAGAAGCUAACAUUCAAAGAUUUAGUCACGAAAACAAAAUCGCCUAAUGAGUGCAUGCUGCUUCUGGAAAUGACACGCAGAAAUCAAGAAAAGGUAAUGUGGUGACAAUCGAACUUGAUGAUGAUGAUCUAUGAAUUUUGUGGUGUCGUGUUUUAAGACAGCCUUUUAAUGGUUUUUAAGUCCGUUGUUAGUCAGUGUUACUGAAUACGCUGAUCACAGCAUUUUCCAUCUCUUCUUUGCCAGGACUGAAAUUGUCGUGAUCAUUGGUACCCUACGAGCAGAGGUUUCUUUCUCGCAUUGGCGUUUUCGAGUAGUAAAACAAACCAACUGCGCGACUGAUAAGCCACGCGAACGACUUUACAAAAGUUUAAGGCCAUGCCAGAAAGAAAUCUCUGCUCGCAGGUUAGAACAUCGGAGAAAUAAAAACGUAAAUCGAGUACAAUAGAAAUGUUAUGGAUGUGUUAACAUGAUUAUUGGGUUACUAUGAACAUGAACUAGGUAUUUCGGUCAUUUCUUUAUCUAGCUUCCUCGCUAAAUUCUAGAACAGUCUGGUACUUGGUUACCAAAGUUUACAAAAGGUUUCAAACAACGUCAACAACUUCAACGGCACCAUACUCUAGUAAACUAACAAGACAAGAGAAGUAUGUGUUAUAUAGCUGCCGAUGUUGUGGCAGCUAUUUUGGAAAGCAAGUUGAAUUCAGUAUUACAGCACAGCUUAAUCGUGGAGAAUUCUCAUACCCAGGCGGGAGUCGAGUUUAUUUUUCUCCACGGUUCUUUUUUAACUACUCGAGAAGUCCCUAACAACACCAGGAGGGUCCAUUUUUUGUAUUGCCUAUAUUUUGGGAAAAGUCUUUAAAUUUUUCUGUUUGGAGUGGGAGAGUACAUUUUUCGUUGCCCUUAUUCAAAACCUAAGCACCAACCACUCGUUGCUAUAAUUAGCUCUCCAUAAAUAACUGGAAUACAACAACAACAACAACAAGAUUAUUCAGUAUUACCAUUUUGUACAGGUGUUACCGAUUAAAAUAACACUAAUAAACAGCUAAGUUUAAGGAAAUACAGGUAUGAUGGAAUAGUAGAAUUAACUAUGUUUCUUUCGUCUUUCAAAUGCUUGAAAUAUGAAAUUAGCAGCUAGCCUGCUGAUAUGUGAAUCAGUAUUGUUAAAAAGAAAACAGACUUUAUCAUGGAUAUUGUAUUGUAUUGUAAUGUGUAAGUAAUGUAUUUCGAUACAAGUGGUGGAAGCUCAAGAGCAAGAAAGUCGGAGGUCAUGUAGCCGAGGAUCAGAAUCAAAUCCGAAAUUCCAGUUGGUAAAUAAUCCAUCCCGGAUCAGUCCACACUAAGUUUUACAGUCUUGAUUGAUUAAUACAGUCUCUCAUUUAUUAGUGAAGAAUAGUUAGGGGAGGGGAGAGGGGAAAUAAUAGAGAGGGAGGGGGACUUAUUAACUUAAUUCACCUGAAAAGGGGGGGGGGCUUAUUAGAGUCAGGGGACUUAUUUGAGGGGGGUUAAUAGAGGAUUUAUGGAGUUUUCGUCAAUACAUUUACAAUAAUUUUUUUCCCAUAAACCGCGGACUGUUUUUUUUCCAUACCCGACUGUCGGUUUCCAGAGAAACGAGGGGAACUAUUGGUGGACCGAAUCUUGAAUGAUGUAUUUAGACAAAGUGUGGCACAAGUAACAGGUCAACGUACGGUGUUUCUAUGGGUGAAAAAACAGUAAUGUGCCAAACAGUGGUAAUAUAUAGAUUUAGCCAGGGCUAAAAGCGAAGCUCCCGUUAAUAAAUUCAAAUUUAAAUCAAACAAUAAACUUGUAAUCCACAGAUCAGGGCACAUUCAUUUGACGUUUGAGGCAAAGGCUAAGUGAUUUAAGAGAAAAAUAAUUUGAUAGUCCAAGAGUGAAACAGCUUUUACAUCGAGUUAUUAAAUAGUCUUAUUUGUACACCCAAAAAUAGCAAUCAUGUUCGAUCACAGGGGCACCCAACGAGAAUAUAGUUCAAAACCACUUAAACAUAGCACUGUUAAACGUAUUUUAGUAUUUAAACGGUAGAUAUAGGCAUAUUUUCAUCCCCUAAAAAUUUUUCAUCUGUUUGGAUUUCCUAGCUGAAAACCUAGUGAUCCGAAAACUAUUGAGAUCAAAACUUACCUUUUCGAAAAUUUCAGCCAGAAAAAAGGCUCCCGAAAAUUCUAGGUGACCUUUUUAGGGUUAAAAUCCGUUAAAAAUAGGCAAUUAUACCAUUUUUUUGAUGUUCGAAAAUCAUAGGAGAGGCAGGCAAGCAAGAAAUUUUUCAACAAAUGUUCCGAAAAUUCUAGAUCUAAAAUCGUCUUCCGAACAGAUAUUCUUCCGAAAAUUGUCGUUGGGUGCCCCUGCGAUCACAGUAGAUUAGGCCUGGAAAACAAAUAGACCUACCUAUUCGUGUAUUGUAUUUGCAUUAGCUGUUGCAUCAUAAUGUGGCAUUCACCACUCUCUCCAACAUUGCUCCGUUUAGACUAAGGAUAAUUGGACAACCCAAAAAUAUAAUUUUAAGAAACACACGCGCCACGAUAGUCCUUGGUGGCAGCAAAUUUACACGUUGCAUUCCUCUGUCUAAAAGAGAGGCCAAAAUAAAAAAUCAGGCCGGAUUUUUUGUGUUCGACAAGUUUAGUUUACUAGUAAAUCUUGGCGACGAAUUUGGUGGCGUAUAAACCAGCCUUUUAAACAUACUUUUUCUCAUCACGUCUCAGGUAAACAGUACUAUGAGGACCUUGUUUUUAUCAUACAGACCUUGGACAGAAUUUGUUCUUUUUUGCCCUAUUUAAACCUAUAAUUCUGCAGUUUUUCACAAUUUGCACUCAUUCAAUAUCCACGACGAUCAGAUGCACAACAAAUUAUAGCAAUGAAUUCAGCCUGAGUAUCAGGCGCUUCUGGGGGAAAGGGGAAAGAUGGAAGUGAAAAAGGGAGAGAGAAUUCUAUAAUGCCGGGACUUUUCAGUUAGAAAAAUCUGGUCCUAUGUGAUAUGCAGGGUAAUAAUUAUGGGCUUUUAAUGAAAACGAUAAAAAAAUUCACAAAAUCACUUUUCGGCCAGCCGGACGGGUCUCACUUUUGACAGGCACCAAAUUUGCAGUGCGAUUAAUAGAGUUACCAUUUACGCUUCAACAUGGUAGAUAAAUUGUUAUGUUUAGGUUUUAUUUCCCUUUAUUUAUUAAACUGCGUAUGGUUUUGCUAUGUGUAAUCUUUAAAAGCGAGAGAAAGCGAGUGAUAUUUACGCGCGGCGUUUUGAGUAUUCCUGCAUGCGAUGUUUAUGUUCGACUGGAUACAACCGGUGCAGCGAUAAAAAUUGCGAGAGGGACUACUAACAAUCAAUAAAAUAAAUAUAAUUCGGUGAAACAUUUACAGAGACAAUAAUUUUCAUUCACGAAGAGAAGUAUUGAGAGUAAAGUGUCUCUGAAAAUCAUGAGUCGGGUAAGCAUAAGCUUAUUUAUGUUUUAAGCCGGCUUCCCGGUGUUGGCUCUUUUUCAAGAUGAACUGGAGGCAAGAAAGUCGCUCAGAGCUUUCUGUUUACAGCCAAACUCAUAACUAAAUAAUCUUCGGAACAUUUUCUUUGAAUUUGCGGUCAAAAAAUGACGAAAGGCUUUUUAAACCUGAUACUAUUGUAGGUUAGCUCAUUGCUCGUGUAUAAACUCAGCUGAUAAACUUAAGGGAAACCGGAAAAAAAGACACAUCAAAGACAACAAUUUCUCAGGCUUACCAGUCGAGAUGCUGCUUCUGAAGGUCAUCAAGUGUUCUAGAAUUUUCAACCCUCUUACGCCUCAAGCAAGGGCAAGUGAGUAAGCUCAGUUUGAAAACGAUGCCAUCUGAAAUCGGACUUCCAAUGACUUUGACAAGCGGUGCAUUUGUCAACAAGAAGCGCAAUAAACAAACCAGCCAUGAAUUACGGAACAAUCUUGAUAGCAGCUGUAUUUCAUUUUGUACACCAAGUAGAAAAAGACAGCUUAAAACAUCACAAGAUGACACAAAACUCUGUAAGCUCCAGCUAUCAGUAAGCAAUUUCCAGACGCUGCAUAAAUUUUCCGCAUGAACUCACCUGUCAAAUUUUGACCAAUCAGAACAUAAAAAUUGGACGUAGAGCGUGAUCAACGCGUGACAGUGAGAAAAGUCAAAAGUGAUUGCUUUCCCUGCAUGUAAAUGUAAAAGCCGGUGGAAUUUUCGCGUCCGAGGUCAGUUCGACAUCAACAUUUUAAAAGUGCGGCUCAUGAACUCGACUUAUUUCAUAUGCAUUUUAGAAAAUUUGAACUUGAGCCUGCGAUGAUUGAAAAGUAGCAACUUGUCAGCGGAUACCUUAAAAAAACACUAGAACUCAGUGGGUCGAUACCUGAGCCCGCGAUAGGGUCAGGCGAUACUGGUCAGCAGAAACACUAUUUUGACAGCUGUCAAUUAAUCAAAACAUGGAUGUACAAUAUCAGGUUGUUUGCCCCCAAACUAGCUAGAAAGUGCGAGAUUAAACGUUGGUAUGCCUGUGGUGCGGACGGACGGAAGGUCGGGUGGUCGGUGUACGGUCACGUGAUGGCCGAAUUUUCUAAGAUGGAUAGAUUUUCUCCGCUAUGGGACUUCGAAUUGAGCCAGUGAUCAAAUAAAAUAUCAGCGCAAAACUUUAAACACUACGUGACCUCAAUGGACAGACAAAUGAGCCCGCGAUACACUCAGGUGAUGAUGGUCAGCGUAUACUCUAGUUUUACAGCUGUCAAUUAACCUUCAUUAGAAUGGCGAGUAUUCGAAUUAACAGACUACGAGUGUGAGUAAGACAUAUCCGUCCGGCAUGUAGUGGAAAAUGCCAGAUCGUGUACCUGAGCGAACCUGAGCCCACGUUAUUAGUUUUCUGAUAGUGGCCUGCACAUGUCCCAUUUUGACAGCUGUCAAUUGACCUUAAUUUGGCUUGCCAAUAUAACUUUAAACGACUGUCAGCCAACUGACAGCCUUGCCCGGCGUAGUUUCGUUUUUAUGUUGAAUUGGUAAGUGUGACAUAUUAUAUCAGCUUAUAUGUAUGGGCAAAACGACUGGUCUUUUAUCUGAGCCCGCGAGAUGGUCAUGUGAUAAUUGUCAGCGGAUGUCCUAUUUUGACAGCUGUCAAUCUAAUCGCACUCAUACGGAUGGCUUACAUAACGAAGAGGCUAGUCAAGUUGUGCAAGAUCUAUUGUGACAUUUGACAUCGGCUUACAUGAAUUGUGUGUACGGGUGGGCGUACUCUACGUCAUAACCAAAUUUUCUCGGAUGGAUAGUUUACCAAAUUUUCUUACCCAUGGUGCUUCGCUCCGCGCGCGCUUCGCGCGUGCGAGGAGCUCCGCUAAAAAAAAUCAACCAUUUGUAAGCUGAAAAGGCUGACAUACUACAGCCCUCUUAGCUCAAUUUAUAAGCGAUUGAAGUGCUUCAGUCAAUGAACCCAUAAAGGUGAAAAAGAAUUUUACAACUAGCUUGGGAGUAUCAGGCACGGGAUAAUACGACUUUUCGUGGGUGUACUUAAUACCUCAGUGUGCAGCCCACUUUGUAAUUCUUUCAAGCGAUUGUUUCACUAUGGUUCCAAUGUCCCGGGCGUAGUUCAAAGCACUGAAUGGCGUGUUUGAAGUGACUGAAGUGAGAACUUCCACCUGCGUUGACAGAAGAGUUAAAAGCUCAACUUUGGUCAGCGAACAAAAGAUUUAUAAAACUGAUAUUUUUUAUCAGCCUGCUCAAUCCGUUGCGUAACAGGAGAGAAUCCUUGGUUUUCUUUUGAACUGUAACCUUAUAUGGACCAUUUGUGUCUCUUGUCAAUGUGAAGCACUUCUUCACACUAGCUUUUCGUUGUACCUCGCUACAGACUUUCUAGACGUCCGCGAGCUUUUGCGUUCCUCAAUCAGCCAAGGAUUUUAAGAAAUGAAACUGUCUCAGCCACACCGGGCUUAAUAAUUCCAACUGCAACUUCAUUUACCAGGUUACAAAAAUAUUAUAAACUUAUCGUAAGUUCAAAUUCCAUGCAAUCAUGAUUUAAAUGAACGAAAGAUACUGAUUUCUCUGUAGUCCAGUCGAAUUGUGGUUUAACAUCAAACUAAUUGCAACAAUAUUUUUUUUCUACGCCAUGUAAUUGUUAGACGGCUACUCAAGAACAUAGUAAAAAUCCGCGGCCAAAAAAGGUUCGCUCCGCUCGCCAAGAGGUCGACUUUGUAGCUGAAGUCUAGAAAAAAAUUGGCAAAAAAGAUUGUCAACUUCCACCACAGGAAACUCACUUUCAGCGAAGUCACAAAUGCAGACCAAAGAUUAGAUAAUCAUUUUUUUUUCUUAAGAAUCUUAGAUACAACACUGCUAAUGUAUUUUGUGUAAUUUUGUGUUAAAGAACGCCAACUAAAUGUGGAAACGUCUGGGUCAGUGCUUCGUCUUGACGGCUUUGCAUAGGUUACCCAAUCAUGCGUCUGUCAUCACAUUCUGUUUUCCAUGCUUGAUAUAUAUUUUUAUGAUGGUAUUUAAAAAGGAAAUUAUUACAAAAUCUGUGUUAACAUGGUUAAAAAAUAAUAAUAAUUGGUAUUUUUUGCUCACUAGCAGAAAUGCAUUAUGUAUUUUAGUAGUUUUAAUUGCUAGUACUUCAGAUAUAUAAUCUAACUGUUCAGAAUCAGUCAGCUACUAAAUUUGCAUCCACGAUACAGGAUAUGUUUGACUAAAUGUGUGGAACGGAAGAUGGAUUUGAAUGAGUACAAACAGCUUAAAAAAAUAACCUAUUCCCGUUUUCUGUAAUCGAGUUUUGUGAAGUAGUUGUGUUCAACAGGCUUGGGCACAAUAUGUGUGAUCGAAACUGACUGGGAUUAAUUUUUUUUUCUUGCGACUUGUGCAACCUCCUUUCGGAUUGUGACUCCGUACCUUACAAUAUGACUGAAUAUAUAUUUUGCUUAGGACUCCGUCUAUUUAAUUUUAGCUAGAUCGUAACGCUCUGAGCUUUUCAUAAUAGACCUUGUCACGGUUUUCGACGCCAUCUUGACGAGUAGGCAAACGCGUGAGAAAUUACAGUGUUUGUAUGAGAAUCCAAUGUCGAAUAAUUUCCGUAAAACGGCUGUUCUGAAAAAAAUAAGAAUUUUAAACUAAAGCUACAUAGCAAAGGAUUUUACUAACAAAUUUUUGGGGCAGUUACUGUGCUUCAAUUUCUCCAGAAGCUUUCUUUAGAUUUUCCAUAUAUUUGUCUGCAAUUUUUCCCGGGAAAUUUUUACAGACAAAUGUAUAGAAAAUUUUAAAAGAAGGUUCUAGGUCUUCUAGCGCAUGUAACGCCCUCAAAUUUUUUCAGUAGAAUCCUUAAGAGUGAAGCUUUAGUUUUCAAUUCAUAGUUUUUUCAAAGCAGCCGUUUUACGUAAAUUAUUCGAUCACACGACAUUAGAUUCUCAUACAAACACUGUAAUUUCUCAAGCGUUUGCCUACUCGUCAAGAUGGCGUCAAAAACCGUGACAAGGUCCAUUGGAUCUAGCCGACUCUGUUGCAAGGGAAAUCCAGAAAACCAAGAGCAUUGUUAUUGUUCUUUUUUAAUCUUCUUUUUGAAGCGAGUCUCAUAUUUAGUUUAAUGUAUCUGUGUGUUCAUUUUGUAUUUUCUGGUAAGAUGAAUAUUAACAAUUAGUUCAUGCGUCAGCGUGCGUAUGUCGAGCUAUUGAGCACGCGGGAAAUUUGGAGAGCACGAAAGAGGCGUAAGAGUUGCACGAGGCACAGCCGAGUGCAACUCUAGCCUCUUGGGACCCUAUACGUCUGAAAAUCGGAUUGCAGUGGCCAAUGAAGGCGCGAAAGUAAUGGACAUAUAAACGACAUUAAAAGCCCGACUUAGCAGCUGGCUCACCUCUUUUUGCGGAACCUGUGUUUCUCUUCGGGUGACCGUUGCUUAACACUUCGACUUACAGUUAACCUUCUUACUGGCUUGCGAGAAUUAUGCCCUGCGUGGGAAGUUUCCAAUCACUCCAUAGACUCUUCCAAGAUAUUUUUACAUACACAUUGUUCCCGCUACCCAGAAUUAAUCUUUCCUUUAAUAAACUGCUUCCUUAUUAUACUAUCUUGUUUCCUUAAAAAAAGAAAAACAAUUUUUGCUUGAAUUCAGAAAGUUCUCGUGUGAUGAAUGUUCUGUUAUUCUUUAAUAUUCUUCUUGCGAAAGUAACAACACUUUUCCAUAAAUGAAGACGUACUUCCUUGUUAUCGAAUUCAUAAUUUCAGCUAACGUAGGUGUCCUGUGUUAAAAGCUGAAACUGUUUAAUGCUUAAUUUUCACAUGUUCAACUGAACGGAUUUUGGCGGAUUUUCAGUAUGUUGCUAGAUGGGCAACCCUUACUUAAAUGGCGUUCUGUUGCAAUUUGUUUGAUGUUGAGGCUCAAAACUGCCUAGAUUGACUGGACUACGGAACCAUCAGGGCCAUAUUCAGUUGGAAGGCCGAUUAGCGCUUAACCCGGGGUUAAAUUUAACCCUGAUUUCUUUUUCUUAUGUUUAAAAGCAUUUUCUCGGAUAAUUUUCUCUUUUGUUUUUAGAGCUUCCAAUCACCAACUUGUAGACAAAAAGAAUUUGAAGCUGAAAUACCUUUUAAGCUUUCAAAUCGGAAUUUAAAUCUCGCACUAACCCUGGGUUAUCUCAACCCAGCUUUGAACAACUCGGCCCAGGAUUUCUUUCUUGGCCAGAUCCAACGAUAGCGCUCACAGCCCUAUUUUCAGAAUCUCUAAGGUUAUAGGAAUUAAAUAUAUCACUGCGUAGUAUAAAUUUUGAAGACAGGUAAUUAGGCGCAAGGCAAUUCAAAGAUUUAUACGCUGUCACUGCCUUAUGAAUUCUAGGUUUUGCCACCCCAAGUCAUUUAAUAGCAUGCUUGCGUCAGCGUCAUAAUUGGAGUUUGUAAGAACGCGCACCGCUCGGUUCUGAAGCCGCUACCCCAUACCACGCUGCAAAUGUCAAAAUGUGAUAGGAUAAAAGGCCGUAAUUGGCCUUUUCGGAGUUCCGUAGGGAACUGGGGGAGUUUCAAAUUUAAACUAAUCGAUAAACUAACACCACCAUAUAAAAGGUCAUGGUGAGAUUGGUUAUUUGACCAAGAUUGGUGCUCUAACGUUGAAUAGGGAUCAAGUUCUGACUCUUGAAACAUGCUGGUUAAAGAUUAAUUCAUGCAAAUGUUUGUAAUUUUUUGACAGCGUCCCCCAAACCGUAUAAACUCUUAAUUUUUUUUAGUUUUUCUGUUAAAGUGUAAAAUUCGUCAUGCAUCUACUACUUGGAAGGAACUAAUUCGAAAAUCACUAUGUUUGCCCAUUUUCAAGAAUAUCACAGAAAUCGUGAAUAAAAUUAAGAGUUUAUAUGGUUUUGGAGGACGCUGUCACAAAAGAACAUUUUAAUGGUUAUCCUGUGGCACUUUUUGUGCAAGCGCAUUUUCGCCCAAGAGUACGAGGUUUUUUUAUUUUGUGUCAGUUCAGCACAAUUUUGUACACAAGCGAGAUGCGAUUAAAUUGUUGAUGUUCUUAUGAAUCUUCUGGACUAAUGACUGACCAAUAAUCCCUACGAGCAUACGGUAGCAGAGCGAGGUUCCUUUCAAGAGGAUUUCACUUAAUUUUACCGGGAUUUAGCCGUGAGAUUAGCAAACGAACACGAGAUGGCCUAACGACUAAGAAAUGACAAAGCUAAGUACGAAGGCGCCUACACGAGAACCAAAACAAAAUUAAUGAUGACCUUGAAGGGAGGACUGUCCUCUAAAAUGCAGUUGAUGGAAAAUUUGAGUCUUCUUUCUGCUGCUUUUGAGAAUGUAGUUCGUGCAGUCGAGAGUUUAGAAGCACAUUACGAGACUGUUGGCGACUCAUCCAAACUUAACGCCGUAGCGCUUGAACUAGAAGGUAUGGAGGAAGGUUUCAGCGAGAUUGAAAGAAUUGUAGUAAGUGUUUCCAGAACAGUACCCGCCGGACAGUCUGCAAUUAAAGAACAGUGCGAAAGACUUAAAAAAGAAAUCAGAAUGCGAAAACAGGAGAUCACAAAGGUAUUACACGACCUGGAGAAAACGUAUGCCGGAUGUCAGAAACAACUGGAGCAGAAAUUAACGCCGAAAAAACCGCAGCGAAAGGAACAAUCUCAGGGAGGUGAGUCAGCUACAGUUCAGAACAUUGUAAAUACUAGUGUGAAGAGAUCAGAGGAACAGGAACAAAAUGGUAACCUGAGAAUUCAGUCGGCUACCUCAUUUCAGCCGUGUAGUUCAUCAACAACUUUUAAUUCUAGUGGAGCAGCUGCUUUUUAUCCUUCCAGUAGUUUUGUGUAUUCAUCGACUCCAGUAACUUCCCAGUUUUCAAUGUCUUACAAGCCUUCAGUGUGGGACCAACCCCUUUACUUCCAGCAGCCAUCAUUGAAUGCCCGUUUGAACUCUGCCCAGACCACACUGGUUGAGUCUUCUGCUAUACGUCCUCCAGUCGUGUCUUCAAGUCAGUUAUAUAUGUCAGCAGCUCAAGCUCACACUUCAUUCCAGUUUUCGUCAAGUAGUAACCAAGUAUAGUUUUUGACCCAAUUUGUCAGUCAGCCCUUAAGCUCCAGUUAUGACCACAUCAGUAUCGACUCUACUGUAGCCCUCCCUGAAACGAGUAAGCAUUCCAAAAUUUUCUGGCAAUAAGAAGAGUUACGAAGCUUGGAAGGCAGCCUUUUACGCAUUGUGUUGAUCAUGCCAGUCUCACCGGAAUACAAAUUGUUACGAUUGCAUGAGUGCUUGCAAGGUGAAGAACUUAAGGUCAUCGAAAAUCUGGAGCACUCUGCGGCAACCUAUGAAGCAGCCAAGGCUCAAUUUAAACGAAAGUAUGGUGGAAAACGCAGAGCGCUUACAUUACGACUUGAGGAAGUUGAUAAAAGAAGGGAAUGAGAAGGAUCUUGAGCAUUUUGCUGAGCUACUAGAUGCAGCAGUAAUGAACCUUACAGACGCCAAUCAGGAAGUAGAGCUUGGUAGUGGGUCACUUUACAUCACUUUACAACGCAAGUUCAAUAAGAAUCUUGUAACCAAGUACAAGUAGUGGGUCUGUGACAACCAUAGAACCGAGAAUGUAAAGACACUGAGGGAGUUUAUUAAUAGAGAGUGAGAGUUUUUAACCACAGCUUCUGAGACAAUAGCAGAUGUACUCAGUGGAUCCAAGAAGGAGAGAGCACUGUUUGCCAAAGAAGAUCCUAACCGUAAGAAGAAACAUUCGAAGAAGUGUAAGGUUUGCAAGGAGUCCGAUGGCCUGUGGACAUGUGAGAAUCUUAAGAUGUCAGUGGACGACAGAUCGAACAUUGCUAAAGAGCAAAAACUGUGUUUUAGAUGUCUCAGUGACGGACACAGAGGAGAAGUAUGUUUCAGGAGCAGGGUCUGCGGGAUAAAAGUUUGUCGUUUUCACCAUCGUCGCUUGCUUCUUGAAGACCCAAAGAAAGAAGAGAAUGCUGAGGUAGCAAGGGAAGCAGAUGCAUCAAAUGCAGUAAAGGCUGGUGCCACCACUGGAGGGGAGUCAAGUGAGAGAACCCUCACAGCCACUAUCAGGACAACUCCUUUACCCACUUCGGAGUUUGUAGCCUUGAGAACUGUUCCUGUUUAUGUGACAAGUGGUAAACGAAGACUGCUCAAGCAUGUUAAGGCAUGGCCUGAGGCUAAUUUGCAUAAAAUCUUAUAAUGGUCAUAACUUUGUAAAAAUUUAUCAGAACCUUCCAAAAUUUGGCAACCUUAAUUUUUCCGUAACGUAAGAAAUCAGAUAUCUGUGUCACGUGACCACUUAUGGUCGAGUCCAGGAAAGAAAAGAAAACUAAAAAUGGGGUGGCGAGAUGCCAGACAGUAUAUAUUAAAUACAGUAUUUUUGUUAUUGUAUCAUCAUUUCCCGCUUGAAUCUGGCCGGAAUGGUUGCCUCGCGUUUUUAUUUAAUUAGCAAUUAAGCAAAAUGAGUCACGUGACACUUUUCACCUGUUAAUAUCUUUCUAAGAAAUUAAAAAUUCUCUCUGUUUCGGCCACGGAAAAAUUCGUACGGUAAAACAAACAUUUACACAUGGUUCAAACUUAGUUGUAAUCAACCAUUCCUACCCCAUUUUGAAUUUUUUUUUAAUAUCAUUAUGACGUCACAUUUCACGUGACCACAUCAUCUCAAGUCUAAUUAAUUCAACGCCUCGAAAGAAAGUUUCUCGAAAGUUUUUUUGCAACUUUUAGAAUUAAAAUGCAUCGCUGUAGAAGAAAAACAGCUUUAUCUUAAGCCAUGCCUUAACAUGCUUGAAUGAAAGUAAACGCUCUCCUUGAUGACGCCAGCAGUAGAAAGUACUUAAACGGCGACAUUGCAGCUGAGUUGGGCCUUGAAGGCACACCACACGAGCUUACAGUUACUGUACUGAAUGACAACCAGGAAAGGUUAGACACCACAGUUGUAGAGUUUACGAUCAGCAGUUGUGAUGGAAAAGUCUCUAAACUAGCUUCUGCCCGUGCAGCAGAGAGAGUCACAGGAAACAUGCAAGUGGUGGAUUGAAGCAAACACAAGCACAAGUGGAUGCGCCCUAAAAGGCAUCAAGCUCACUCAAGUAGGACCCAGACCCAUAGUAGACCUGCUAAUUGGGGCAGACCAAGCUGAUUUGUUGUACUCGUUGGAAGAUGUGAGGGGAAAGCCUGGAGAGCUCAUAGCUAGACUUACUCCGCUGGGGUUGACUUGCAUUGGUAACCCAGAGGGUGCCAGCAGAGAGAACUCAGACAAACUUCACCUUCCUUCUAAAUAUUACACAGGAGUUGAGCGGUCUUGUUCGCCGCUAUUGGGAGAUAGAAGAACCUAGAGAAACUCUGAUUAUUAAUCCGGAAGAGAAGUUCGCAACAAAGACAGUUUCUAGGUCUUAAACAUUCGCUGACGGUCACUACUCUGUUAGCAUGCCCUGGAAGAGAGACAGACCUUUGUUACCUGACAACUACAGCGUGGCCUUAAACCGUUUACAAUGCACUGAGAAGAAACUGAAGCAAUGCCCAGAGCUUGGUGAAGCCUACAAAAUUAAACAGUGGUUCAGUCCUAUCAAGACAAAGGACACAUUCAUAAAGUUCUACGAGAUGAAGUUAAGCCUGAUCAAGUCUGGUACUUACCUCAUUUCCCAGUGUUGAGGCCUGAAAAAUCAACGACCAAGACCCGUAUAGUCUUUGACGCCUCAGCAACGUUGAACGACCUGUCUUUAAAUGACAUUGUACUUCAAGGGCUUAAACUACAGAGCGACUUGUUUGCAGUGCUACGCCGGUUUCGUCGUGACCCUGUGGCCUUGAUGUGCGAUAUCAAAGAGAUGUACCUGCAAAUUAAGUUGAAACCCGAAGAUCAACCUUAUCAUCGCUUCCUAUGGCGGGACUUAGAGACAGGCAGAGAGCCUGAUGUGUUUGAGUUUAACCGUGUUGUAUUUGGUGUGAUUUCGUCCCCUUUCCAAGUAGAGUUUGGGGCUCAAGAACAUGCCAGGAGACACCGGUCUAUAUUUCUUUUAGAAGCUGAAACAGUCUUGAAGAGUACAUAUAUGGAUGAUAACAUGGACUCGGUUCCUAGUGUGAAGGCUGCAGUGGAAUUGUACAGCCAGCUGUCCCAGCUAUGGAAGUCCGCCGGAAAGUAUGCUAGAAAGUGGUUGUCCAACAAGCCUGAAGUGUUACAGUUUCUUCCAUCUGCCGAUUGUGCCACAGAAGUGGAUCUUGACCGAGGUGAACUACCGCCUAUUAAAACCUUGGGGGUCCUGUGGUGCCCCAUGGAAGAUGUAUGCAAGCGUCAAGUUAAUCAACCUCCUGGGAAGCAUGAGCACUCCAAACGUAGCUUUCUAAAGAAGAUGGCAACCUUGUUUGACCCUCUGGGCUUGUUGUCCCCCUACACAGUGCAUGCUAAGGUUCUACUUCAAGAGAUAUGGGCAAGCGGUGUGUCCUCGGACGAACCAGUGAACAAGGAACUCUCGAGUAAGGCUUCGAGGUGGUUUGAGGAACUUCCGGCACUGAAGAACAUACAGAUUCCAUGUCUAAGAGCUACAGCUGUAGUGAGAGAAGUGACCUUGCACUUUGUUGAUGCCUCUCAAGAAGCGUAUGGAGCCGCUUGCUACUCCAGACAUCUCUAUGAGGAUGGAACCGUUAGCUGUUGCCUUGUUGCGUCAAAAUCACGUGUAACACCCCUGCAAGCUGUCAGCAUACCUCGAUUAGAAUUAAUGGCUGCCGUUGGUGGACUCAAGCUGAGUCAAGCCGUCAGCCAAGCACUUGGCAUCAAGAAAGAAGAGUGGAUCUUUUGUUCCGACAGCAUGGAUGUAAUGUACUGGAUUUGCUGGCAGAGCCGUUCGUGGCCAAUCGUGUAGGUGAAAUCCAGGCAUUGACAAAUCCAGAACAGUGAAGAUAUCUCGCGACAAAACAGAAUCCAGCUGAUUUGCUGACAAGAGGUCUUAUUGUCUCAACUCUUAGUGAACAAGAAAGGUGGUGGAAGGGACCGUCGUUCCUUAAACAAGACUCCUCAGAGUGGCCUCCAAUACGAAUUGAACACAAGAGAGAAACAUAUGUUGAGCUCCGGAAGUUGGGCCAGACAAAAGAGCGGUUAGGCGAAGAGACGUUCCUUUCAUUGACUGCUGAAGACCGACUAGAACCGCAAAGAUACUCCAGUUGGACUAAGUUUACAAGAACCGCCGCUUGGGUUUACCACUUUAUAGAGAACUGUCGUUCCCAGGUUACCACUCGAAGACAAGGCACGAUACAACCUGACGAAGUUUCCUUUACAGGGAUAAGAAAUAUCAGGCAAGCUCAGCAAGAUGUAUUUAAAGAAGAAAUGCGAGCAAUGCAAGCUGGAAAAGAGCUGCCAAGCCAUUCAUCUCGAAGUAUCAUUUAGCCUUGACACGGACUCAUUUCUGAAUGCAUUUUUUCGUAUGGUGUCCCGACGUGGCUUGCCUAGAGACAUUGUAUGUGACAAUGGCAGUAAUUUCGUUGGUGAGAGUAAUGAGCUAAAAGAAUUGGAAAUAUUGGACCACUAGAAGAUUCAGGACACUACGACCAGUCAUGGAGUCAAGUGGCAUUUUAAUCCUCCUCUUGUGCCACACUUGAGUGGUGUACAUGAAAUUAUGAUCAAAGCUGCGAAAAAGGCCAUUUAUGCCAUCCUUGGCUCUGCAGACAUCACAGUCGAGGAACUUUUGAGUGCAGUCGUAGGUGCAGAAGGGUUAAUUAACCCUAGGCCACUAACUUACCAGUCAAGCGACCCAGCCGACCUGACUCCUCUGACUCCUAAUCAUUUCUUACAUGGUCAUCUAAUCCAAGAAAGAGGUGGCGUCGCGUCUAGGAACUUGUACGUCAUUUUUGGCACAGAUGGUUGAAAGAGUGGAUCCCCAGUCCGAAUGCAAGGAAAAAGUGGCGCAGGGACUAAGUUGACCUAAAAGUAGGAGAUGUUGUUAUUGUCAUGUCCCCGGAUACACCAAGAGGAAAGUGGCCUCCAGGAAGGAUUGUGAAGGUGUUCCUCGGAAAAGACAGCAAAGUGCGCCUUGUCGAAGUUCAAGUUGGGGAGACUGUGCUGCGGAGACCAAUUGUGAAACUUUGCCCCUUGGAGCGCUUUUGAACGUUGAAUGACGCUACAAAAAGGAAAUGCAUUGUUUUAAGUCGUGGACCUUUCACUGUAAACAUUGUAUGUCUUAGGUUUUGUUGAUAUUUCAUAUCAAGAAGGGGAGGAUGUUGCGAAGAACUUAAUGGUUGUCCACUUUUUGUGCCCGCGCAUUUUCGCCCAAGAGCACGAGGGUUUUGUAGUUUGUGUCAGUUCAGCACAAUUUUGUACACAAGCGAGAUGAGAUUAAAUUGUUGAUGUUCUUAUGAAUCCUCUGGACUAAUGACUGACCAAUAACUCCGGCGAACAACUACAGACGUUUGUAUGGAUCUUUAACCAUGUUUCAAAAGUCAGAACUUGAUCCCUGUUCAACCUUAGAGCACCAAACUUGGUCAAAUAACCAAUCUCAACAUGACCUUUUAUAUGGCGGUGUCAGUUUAUCGAUUGGUUCAAAUCUGAAACUCGCCCCAGUUCCCCACGCAACUAGACAGCAGGACAGGGCAGGGGCAAACAAUGAUUGAUACGUUUUACGGCACCAAUAUCAGACGCGAUUUUCUUUGAUAUAGCGCCAACAUGGUUUUCCCACGUUAGAUUUUCAUCAACAAGCACGCUAAGAGGCUUUAAGCAAUGAGAAUGUUUCAUCGUAACGUUAUUUAUAUUUAAGGAAGGUAGAGAAGGUAGAUUAUUAAGCUUUUGCCUUGAGUCGAUUAAGAUGAGUUCAGCUUUAGUCAUAUUUAACGUUAAUUUAUUUGCGAUAAGCCAGCGAUUAAUGUUGAGCAAGUCUUUAUUCAGGGAAGACUGAAUGGACUGGAGUGGAUAUUGCCAUUCGAAUAAGUAGUAUGGGUAUUAUCAGCAUACAUUCUUGGUUCAGAAUGAGACAGACAAUUGGGCAGAUCAUUGAUAUAUAGCAAAAACAGUAGAGGCCCUAAUACCGUUCCUCGGGGAAUACCACACUUGAGAGUGCAACAUUCUGAAAGGGAACCAUCGACAAGAUACUUCUGAGUACGAUUAUCUAAAUAGGGUGAAAACCAUUAAUGGGUAAUACCUGAUAUACCAUAAAGAUGUAAUUUAGACAAUAGGAUCUCAUGAUCGAAUGUGUCAAACGCUUUCUUAAGGUAAAGAAAAACAACAGCGUUAACGUUACCUGCAUCUAUAUUAUAAGCCCAACUAUCGGUUGCCUCUAAUAAGGCUGUAACUGUUGAAUUGAGCACACGGAAUCCAGAUUGGUGCUUAGACAAAAUAUUAUGAUCCAAUAAAAUAGGUAAAGAGUUGAUUAUAGAUAAUUCUUUCAAAUACUUUGCCAGUUAUAGAGAUAACCGAUAUUGGACGACAAUUGUCUAUGUCACUUCUUUCGCCUUGGUAAAUAGAGGAGUAACCCUUGCGGACUUCCAAUCGUCAGGAAAUAUGCCAUUAGCUAAAGAACCAUUAAAUAUAAUUGAAAUAUGAGGUGCAAUUAAAUCAGCGCAAAAAGAUUAAGCCGACUAGAUAUUCCAUCUAGACCAGCACCUUUAGAUUUGUUUAGUUUUUUAAAAAGAGACAACACCUACCAGUGGGGACGAAAUGGAAUCUUGGCCAGACAUAUAUUCCUGAAAACUGGGGCCAUUGUUUAAAGGUAUUGCACUAGCCAGUUUGGGACCAAUCGUGGAAAAUUGAUCAUUGAAAGCGUUUGACAAAACAGUUGAAUUAGUUAUAGAAAUUCCAUUCAGACUUAAUUCCUUAAAAGAAGACCUGCCCGUUUUAUGAGAAGUAGGCCCAUUGAUCACCUGACACGUUUUACGCGGGUCGCCGCCAGAUUCGCUAAAGCAGACCCAAUCGUGCGGCUCAUUGGACCUAAUUGCUUUUAUUAUCAUAGCAUCCCUACUAUGCAUGAGUUUUUAAAAUCUACUGUAAUCCAAGGUGACUUGCUGGAAAGCACACGCUUAGUACGAUUUGGUGCAUUUUUUAUCAGCGAUUGCAAGGAAAUUCGCGAAAGGUCAUUGAGGUCUUUUGAAAAACUUAGGAAAUAUGCUAAUUCUGGUUUGAAAUAUUAGGCGAAAGACGGACCGUUUAAAGUGUUUAAAACUCCUAUAAGUGAUAAAGUAUGUCCCUUGGGAAGAUCGAAAGUGCGGAACGCAUAAACAAGACUAUGAUCGCCUACGCUAACACCCUCUCUGUAGAAUUUGUAGAAAUCAAGUCAAUGAGAGAGGACGAUCGAUUUAUCAGUAAUACGGGUAGGCUCAUUAAUUAGACGAUGGAGACCAUAAAUAUCAGCGCCUGUGUCCACAUCUGCAUUCAUGUCACCCAACAGGAGGAAAUCGAAUUUUGUUAAAUAGAGUUUCCCGAUAAUGUUCUCAAGGUGUGAACACAAUCUAACAGGGGAAUUGGGUGGCCGAUACCAGUUGACAAUAAUAAGGGGCUUGGAGUGGAGUUUUCGAACGUCGAUAAAUAAAUUUUCGAGAUAGGCUACGAUUCAAUCGUUGCGAACAGAAAAAUUAAUACUAGAUUUAACAAAGAAACACACACCACCACCGCCAUCACUGAGGUUCACCGAUUCUAUCACGUCUAAUUAAAUCAAAACCAGGAAUGUAAAAUUCGCAAUCUCUGUUCAGAAUUAUUUAGCUUUCCUUCUUGAACAGCUAACACAUCUAAGAAUUUAUCAUCAACAAAAUUCUGAUUUCAUCGAUGUAGGCAGAUAAACUAUUAACGUUCCAAGCCUCUAUUUUGAAGCAUACACGCUUCGAUGCAAGACGAAAAUUCGAAGUUGAUUCGUAUUUAGAUGAAACAGAUUGAAAGAAACUCUAUUGCUGAAUAUUAUUAGACUCAAAGUCAAAACUCACCCCAUGUAAGGGAACCAAGAUCCCGGAAUCCGAAAUCCAUUAACGAUUGGAAUCCAGAAUCUAAGUUCUACUUACAAAGAAUCCGGAAUCCACUGCCUGGAAUCCGGAAUCCAUGGCAUGGAAUCCGACUUUCUUGGAUUACCUUACAUAGGGCGACAAAACAAUCGGCAUUCAAGGAGGCAGGCUAAUAAUUAUUUACUUUUAAAGAAAAAGUUUUAACAACGUUUCUGUAUAAGAGGUCAUUACUUUGGCCAGGAAGAUGAAGUCCGCCCUUGAUUAAAUGUUUGUCGGAGAUAUUAGUAUGACGCAUAAACUUCCACUCAUCCGGCGGUUACAGAAUUUAUUGAGAAAUCGGCUAUACAAGCGGCUUAAUGUAAAAUCCUUGUGAUCUACAGUGCAAUAAUACAUGUUUUUACUCGACAGCUUUUGAAAUUCUUGGCUUGCUGUUCAGGGGAGGCCGAUUACUUGCCUUUACAGUGUCUAGAGAGGUGUUUUGAAGACGUUGAAGAGACCGUAAAGCAAAGCCACUUUGUGGAUGUUCUUGAAAGAGGCGGAGUAAAGGUGGUGACAAUGCAUGAGAGGGAUCAUAAGACACUGAGAAACAUACUAAUCGAUCAAAAACAAGCGCCAUGGGGUAAGAAAAGAAAAAAGGCUAAUAAUUAAAUGCUGUUAAAAUAUAUUAUAUUAAUUUUUGAAUAACUUCAACCGAAAUCCUUUCCCUUUUAAUAUCUAUGCAAAAAAUAUAUUAUGCGUGAGUAGCUCGUCAUGUUCAGCCCACUAUUAGCAGCCACUUAUCAAGCUAAUAUUUAUUGCUGGGCGCACAAAUCUAUUAACAAUACAUAGAUCUCUUCCAUUUGAGGGUGUGUGAAAGGAAAUUUGUAUGUGUCAAUUUGUUUUAAGUAAUAACGACAACAAAACUCCACGUAUCGAUGCAUAAAACAUCACUUGCUCAAGUUCUCGAACGUUCUGAAGUUCCGUUUAGCGUAGAAAACUGAGUCAUACUGAGUCAUGUUGAGUCUGAUGGAGCUCUUCGUGGUGGAUCAGGUCUUCCCUCGUUACUUACAUUGCAUGUAACAAACUCUAUGUCACAAUGCUAGUCAUAUUCCUGCUUUGUUUCUCCCUUUAAUUCUUCAAGGCGCAAUUCAUCAGUUCUGCGAGCUUAACCCCGCAAGUGCUCAUUUUCUUAGGUGGUAGCUUGUCAUUGAUAAUGCAUUGCUUUCCCCUAUUAAAUUUUGUCAUGUGCGAUUCUAACCAUUCGACCUCUAUAUCACUGAAACCAAGACGUUGAUUCGUCUUGUUUGGCAAGAUGGUGUGAUUAAUGAAGUCAAACGUCCAUUUAAUAUUUGGAAAUACGUCGACACCAUUUAAUUCUACAUUAUCCAUAUUCUGUAGCCAGCAUCGCACAUUUGGACGAGGUUCGUUACUGUCGAGUGAUUCGGGCAGAAUCCUGAUUGAAAUUUAACAAUAUGGAGUUUUUUUCAGUCGGGUAGCUAUAAACGGUGAAGAGAAACGUCUUUUUCAAAUGCCUUGCUCAGUAUUGGUAAUAUAGCGUGUUCCAAGCGUUCAGAUAGUGGAGAGCGGUGUGGAGUAAAGAAAGCGAUGAAAAGUGGAGGGGGACUGGUGAGAGAGGUGCGGAAAUGUACAGAUAGUUCUCACAUUUCCGAGUGUCUCCGGAUUUAAAAAUUGGUUAUACACUUAGGACCUUCCAUUCAUCUUUAUAAAUGCCUUUCUUAAGGCACAGAUUUAUGAGAUGAAAUAGGUUGAGAUAAAACUAUGGAAAAGUUAUUGGCAGAAUUUGAAGAGCACAUGCGAGGAUUGGUCAAUUUCAUCAGUUACUGGUAUUAUCUAAGUGCUCAUCAUCACGUUCUACAGCAAGUUUUAUAAUAAAUAGACGUUUAAAACUUCAAACCGGCACUACAUUUUCAUUAAACGAUAGCUUGUCCACAUUCAAUUAGUUAUUUUUCCCCAAUAACAAAUUAAUAAACGUCCACGUUUUCCUAGAGUUGAUCGAAUUGGAACAGUCGUCAAUCCACUCGAUUUGAAUAGGUACUGUCUCCCUUUGAGUGAGGGCAAUCAUCUCGGCGUCAGUGGGUUGCGGUCACACCUUAUGGUCCAGUGAAGUGUGUAGUUUCUGGGAUUUGGUCUUAUCGAAGAUGUUAGCAGUGGGUAUGUAUGUGAGUGUGCUUUCAUUUUCCCCUUUAAACGUUUGUUUAAAGCGUGGACAGUGGGUACACUACCCCUGCGUGGGCUACCGGGCUGUAACAAAGUCUGAGCUGAUGAGAUAUCUUGUUUUGGCUGAAGCGUUUUUUCUGCCGACUUGUUCUUCUUCUGUUUCUCUUUACCCUUUUCAUUUCCUCUACAUCAAUAUUCUAGUAAAAUGGGGCGCAUAAAAUGUGCAUAUAUUACCUGAAGGUGACCACUCACUUGGAUCGUGGUCCCUCACGAUCUAGUCCACAGAGCAGCCAUUUUGUUCACUGUUUAUAGUAGACCUUGCUUUCUUUGUCGCUUCGAUUUGAAAUCUAAUCUCUCUAAGCUUCAUCUCUCAGUCCCAUGUUCCAAAAGCUGCUGGACAGUGUACUGGCUUCCCUGCAUAUAGUUUUUUGUGGCGGUUGUAAAAUUUUGUUACGUUUUGCAUCAUCAUGGUCUGCGAAGCUAGUACACUGAUUUGGCUAUCUGAAGUGUUAAGCAGUAACUCUCCUGCUAUUUGUUACAUCUCGUCAAUUACAGCGGGCAUUCUAAUUUAUGGUCUCCAGCUUGGUGGUAGUUUGGUCGAAUUCAUUUUGCUCCCGGCCUGAGGUUUUUAGUGGCGCGUCGUCAGGAGUUCGAUCAGUCCCGGCAUUGACAUUGUUUGAGACCUGGAAACACCCGAAACGAGGGAGUAUCUAGUUUUUCCUUUUUUUUCAGCGAGGGUCGAUUUCGUUGGGACCUGCGUCUGCGAAUGAAUGCGGGUGAGCAUUCUCAUGUCCUUCGAUCCGUGCAUCAGAUGAUGAGCUUCUUGUGUUACCGAGCCUGCUGAGGAAUUUUGUGCCACUGCGCUAGCUGCGACCUAAGCUAUUGGUCCCAGACGACGAUCGAAUAGUAUCUCAUGAUGCACCUCGUUUCAUGUUAUAUUACGACUGUGUACGUGACAUAUCAUGAUCAGUAAUCUUCAGCACGCGCAAAAUGAACAUCGCGGUGCUCGAUGUGGAUGGUUUCCAAACAUGUUUCGGUUCAGCAGCUUCUGCUUUUGAGAUUAUCGAGUUGGCUCAUCUUCACUGUGCUUUAAAGGAGAAUUUGAGCGUUACUUUGACUAAGAAGGGUUUUACAUGUGUUUCACUGAUCUGUCGAGAACUGCUUGUGCGCUUGGUCGCACUGUAAACACAAAGUAUAAGACUCGGCAACUGAUAAGCUUCGCUAGGUUCACUAGGAGAACCCAGGCCUGAGGGGAACCAAAACCAUGCCUGAUCUAAAAAGUGGUUCCAACAACACAGUCGCCACGCCGUGAAGCUAAUUACCAAAGGAGGAUUUAUUACAGCAUCGCGCUCACAGGAGCUCAGUUUACGGCAGUUACAAAUAAAAUUUAACCUAUCGAUGCGACAAACAAUCCUCUGAAGCACAAUCUACCUGGUACUGACUCAAGCCAUCUUCAAGGAAAUUUCCUGGCCAGAAUACUGAUCUGUUCUUUUGAAUAAAUAAAGUUUCUGAUGUUUCUUUUUCAAAUUCUGAACAGGCUUGUUUACGUUGUGCCGGCUUGCAUGCUGCGUUGCACCUUUCUUUUGGUUCCUAUCACAUUGAAACACACCAUUUUAAGUCACCGCUCCUUUUUCGAAUUAAAAUAAUUAUAGUCACAUUCCUUUUAAAACUAACCACUUUGACAAUACAAAGUGAUUGCUUCAGCAUAAAGCGCUCUCGACAGCGCCCAACAGAUUGUAGCCUUCAGCUGACUUUACCCAUACAUUAUCACACAUGGCGUUGAAAUGCGAUAAAAGAUUCGAAAUUUCAGCCAUCUUUGGUCGAUAAAAAAGUCUUCAAAAUGUGGGUACUUAGCUUGUACAAUAUUCAGAACUUCAUUUUGUUGGCGUGAGGUCCAUAUUUGGAAGAUUUCGACAUAUAUUCUGAAAAAUCCUGAAUAUUCAUGACCUUGUUGUUGGUCACUGAACACUCUGUGAUGGGAAGACUAAUUGAAACGAUGAAAAUAAAUGUUUCUAUGUGGAAACUUCGCUCUUAAGCCAUUGUAAAUCGGAGAAAUCAUUUCAAAUAACGAAAUAAUGCAAUUUUGUUACUUUUACUGGAAAUCGAAUGAGAAAAAAGCGGACGAGAAAACGACUUUAUUUCACGAUGGAAUCUGCAAUGACUGCGAUAUUGCGUGAUGCUUCCGGAAAAAUGCAUCAUGGGAUACUAUUCGAUCGUCGUCUGUAUUGGUCCUGUAUCUUUCUUGUAGUCUUAUAAUUCCUGAUCGCCAGGUAUGAUGUAUAUUUGAGGGAUUGAAUUGUCAAUGGUCGAUCGCCAAAAGGAACUAAUUAACCUGAUUGUCAUGAGCCCUCUUAAUAAUUGAGCAUGUAUCUAGUUUUCUUGCUAGUAACUUUCUUACGCGCUGACACUUCCCUAUUUUGUAGGGUUAAGUAUUCGAGAUCAGUCAUUUUAUAAACCUUAACGCAAAAAUUUAAAAAACAAAACAAAACAACAACCUUUUUUUACUAAACCCGUUGCGAUUUUAUGCUGUGUUUCAAAAUUUCAGAGGAAAACUGGUCUGGCUUUUUUAAGCAGCUCGUAAACCAGUGGAUUCCAAGCGGAAACAAGGCAAUCAAGGUUAUCCCACCGACAUUGACAUCAAGUGAUGUCCUUCAGGCAAUUAAAUGCCUAAGCAGCAAUUUUAAAGAUGCCCUGCAACAGAGCAGAGAUCAGGACUUCAUCAUGUUACCCAAAAUAUUACCACAUUUGAAAGAGGCAGUGGAGGUAACUAACAAAAACUCUAAAUAAAUCUUUCAAAGGCCUUCCACAGAUUGCCACAUUUUCUUCUGAAUAACUUAUUGUCUUAAAACUAUUAAGGUGUUUCGAUACAGUUUUUCAGAGGCCAUACCGAUAUUUUUCAAUCGCUUUAAAAGUGAUUUUAUCCUUGUCUGAUCGCUAUGAAAUUUUCACCAGUGAUUGACUAUAGAUUGAAAUUUGUCAAAAUGUAGGUUUUACUAAAAUCGGUAUUACUAUGACAACAAUAAAGAAACAACUUUGAAACUGAUAAAAGCAGAAUUUUGCGCGAUCUAGACCGGCUUCGGAGAAUCCAACACUAGGAACUUAAAGUUUGGUGUUUAGCAAAUAACCUCCGUACUAAGAAGUAAAAAAUUCUGUAUGUUUGAAUUCGUCUAAAACGAAAAUAUAUUUCAAACCUACAAUUUACAAUAGCCGUGAUAAAUUAUUUAAUAAAAACGUUAUGAAUGACUCAAAUUAUUCUUAAGUAGCGUCAGAGUGCUUCUUAAUAUCAAAUUUCGAUGCUAGGGAAUUUUGGUGCAUUUUCGUUCCUGUGAUAUUGAAAACUAACCCGUUUUCUCACCACCUGUCUAAGUGCAACUUCAUUCAAAAAUGGACGUUUAGCGCUUUUUUGUACAUCUUUGAAACGACCCGAACGAAUUCUUUUUAAAAUCUCUUCACAUAAUCUUCACAAUGUAUAUAGUAAUGUCUGAAACUUUCAUUAAGAUUGAUUUACUGCAACACCUUGAAAUUUCAAGACGAACCUAUCAAUGAAAAUCGGCGGUACAACAUUCACUGUUUUGAUGUUAUGCUAAUUUUUCCUAAUUAAGGCGGACCAUACAUAUCUUCAUGACUAGUACAUCUCAGUGUGAGUAUUGUCAAUGUUUUACAUUCAAAAGAUGCGAUAAAUUCAAACUAAAAAUGUCAGUACUAGUCAUGGAGGUAAGUAUUGCGCAUUAUUUUGAAAAAAUUUAGCAUAACGUCAAAAAGGUGAAUGUUGUAACGCAGAUUUAGGUUUGUCUUGAAAUUUUAACAUGUUGCAGUGAAUCAAUCUCAAUAAAAGUUUCAGACCUUAUUAUAUACAUUAUGAAGAUUAUGUGAAGAAGUUUUUAAAAAAAUUCGUUCGAGUCAUUUCAGAGAUAUACAAAAAAGCGCUAAAAGUCCAAAUCUUGAAUGAAGUUGCACUUAUGCAUGUGGUGAGAAAACGGGUUGGUUUUCAAGAUCGCAAGAACAAAAACUCACCAAAAUUUCCUAGCAUCAAAAUAUGAUAUUAAGCAACAUUCUGACGCUACUUAAGAAUAAAUUUGAGUCAUUUAUAACGUUUUUAUUAAAUAAUCUAUCACGGCUAUUGAAAAUUUAAGGUUUGAAAUAUAUUGUCGUUUUAGCCGAAUUCAAACAUACAGAAUUUUUUGCUUCUUACUGAGGUUAUUUGCUAAACACCAAACUUUAAGUUCCUAGUGUUGGAUUUUCAGUUGAUGGUCUAGAUAGCGCAAAAUUCGGCUUCUCAAUUUCAAAGUUUUUUGUUUAUUUUUGUCAUAGUAAUAUCAAUUUUAUUAAAACCUACAUUUUGACAAAUCUCAAUCUAUAGUCAAUCACUGGUGAAAAUUUCAUAGCGAUCAGACAAGGAUAAAAUCACUUUUAAAGCGAUUGAAAAAUAUCGGUAUGGCCUCUGAAAAACUGUAUCGAAACACCUUAAGGCAUAGAGGACAGAAACAAGUGAAAACUGCCCGGGUGGCAACUUAAGACUUUUCCACGGGUGGUGGUUGACGGGUGGCGGGUGACGGGAAGCGGGUAACCUGAGUAUAUGAAUGAAACCUCAAAAAAAAGGAUAUGUCCAAUUUGUAAAGUAGAAAUAUCACGAAAAUGGUACAAAUAAAGCUAAAUAAAAUGACUGGAAACGUCAAUGGAAGCUACAAUCAUGGACAAACGUCUUGGGACACUUUUGCGUUUCUGGGGCGUUUUCCAAUUCACACAGGUCCGACCCCUCCCCUCACCCCACAAACAACGUUGGACGAGUGUAUCCAGAAUUUUUUCCGAGUUUCAACUUUGUAUAGGGUGGGGGGAGGGAAAACUGCAAGAAAAUUUCGAAAAGGAUGCGCUGUGUUAAGAGGAAACCGGGAAAUGACAGAAAAAUAUGAAUAUUGCAGUACUGUCACAAGGACUUUUGUCCAGGAUUGUAGCAGAAGCCCACCAAUAUACUUGUUUUACUGUUUUAAUCUACUAGCAGAGUUUGAUAACCUGUACCCAUGAACUCUGAAAAAUUGAACUCCUGAAGACCAAACUACAAAUCUGAGGGGUAUGGGGUAAGGUGUUAGUGGUAGGGGGUGACACGUAAAGGGUACGGUUGAGGAGUAGGGAGUGAUCAUUAAAAAAGAGAAGAAAAAAAAUGCGAAAAUGUUCUAUUCAAUACGAAUCUUUACUGAUACACGAGAUAUUUACUAAGGGACAAGUGUAUUAGCAGCCAUUAGGGUUUGUGAAUUGACACGGGAUAAUGUGCCUGGUUUUAAAUGUAGACGGUAUGUUUUUCGUUUUUGAGUUACAGUAUUUUUUCCACGGGUAAUGCAAAUGACAUGUUAUCCGUAACUUCAUCUGCUUAUAACAAAAGAACAAACGCACUCCUUUUUGCAAGAAACGAUUGCGAUCUAGCUCGAUCUCAAUUGUCUGGCCUGGACUAAACAUUCCUUGCCUCAGAAUACUUUAAAAAUAGACAUUCAGGUUAUAUAUAAUAUAUGUCCCUAAAUCCUCUUCUUUAAUAAAUGAUUGACUGUAUUAAUCAAUCACGACCGUAAAACUUCGUGUGGACUGAUCCGGGAUGGUUUAUCUACCAACUGGAAGUUCGGAUUUGAUCUGAUUCCCGGCUGCAUGACCUAAAACUUCUUCUACUUGAGCUUUUCCACUUUGUAUUCUAGUUUUUUAUGGAGAACUGAUAUCAUCGUCGUUUCUAAAUUAAAUAAGCCCCCUCCCCCCCUCAAAUGAGCUUGAAAUAACUAAGCCCCCCCCCGGGGAGCUUAAAAGAGGAUUUACGGUCAGUUCAGGUCACCCGCCACCCGUGGAAGUCCUGCCGCAACAUACAUCGCUUCCGCAUUUGUUGAACAACUAUUUUCCUUAAUAACAGUUAAUAAACAACUGGAAUGUCGAAAUCGCGUACAUGCAGUAAAUGUAUAAACUUCUCUAAACUUUCCUCCAGUAAAACACAAAACCCUUUUGAAAACCGGUUAUUAAACCGGCAUAAAUGCCUUUUAAGCGCACUGUACUUCUAAAAACAAAACAAGAACAGGCUCAGCUGACUACAUGUAGGUCAAUGAAAUCGACAUGUCACAGGCAUUUUAAUUUGCUAAAUUUGGAACAAGUGGCCGUAUUAACGAGGUGAAAUUAUCAAAGAGUACUUCUGUUAGGGAUUUUAACAUGUGGCCGUUGGCCGUAUUAACGGGUGAUCGCAUUAACGGUUUUUUUUAAAGAAAAUGUAUAGCCGUUUUGCCGGCCGAAAAAAAGUGGCCGUAAUAACAAGGUGACCGUAUUACCGAGCUGGCGGUAAGGCGGGGUUCUACAGUAGCUCAAGCUGAUUUAAAAAGAUACGCAUUUCUUCAGUUAUAGUCUACAAUUCUUUAUUUUACAACUUAAUUAAACAGCUGAGCCAUGAACUGAUACCAGAAAGUGAACUCGAGAAAAAUCAACUGGUCUUGGCUGAUGGACACGCAUGCCUAGGAGAAAUGUUGCUCUUUGUUGGUGAAUCUGAGGAAGCGAGAAAAAAUCUGGAGAUUGCUUUGCGUUAUUACAAAGACCACAGCGGUCCACAGAAUAUUAUUCUUCUGGACAAAGCAAAUGUGCUUCACUUUCUUGGAGAGGCGUACAGAAACAGGUAUAGUAGGUUUAGUCAUAAUAAUGUGAUUAGCCCGCAGCUAACUUAAGGCGUCUAAUAAGCUAUUGUGAUGUGACACCGUUCUGAAGGAGUGAAGGUUUUUUCACGGACUCAUGGCUUCAAAGCUGUUUUUUUUAAGGCACAGGCUGCAGAGAGUUCUUAGCCUUGCCUUUAUAGAUUUUUUAUUCAGUCAAAAUAUUUCUCCUUUUCUGAUUGGCUGAAAGCGCAAGCAUAAUUCACCAUAACCAGCUACUGUUGACCAAAUUUGAAAGAUUUUGCGAUUAAUCAAGCGAUGACGUCAAAAGUGCAGCACAGUUGCAGGUUAAUGCACUGUUGACCGAGAAGACCUGAAAAGAAAAAAAAGAAAAAUGGUCGAAAAAUGGUCGGCGGAACAUUUUACUCGUUUCACAACGAACUAUUGUCUAAAAACAUAGCAAGAAGACUACUCGACGGACAACAUCUGCUAUUUGGAGUAUAUUUGCAUGCAGACCUGAACAGCCCUUUAUCUUCUAAACAUGCAGUAUCGAGGUGAACUUAACAUCGACGAAGGUAAGCAUGUUUUAGCUUGUUUUUAAACUAGGAAUUAUUUUGAAUGAAUAAUAGAGAAAUUAAUGAAUUCGGCUUUCGUUGGAUAUUUAACAAUUAUUCUUUGAAAUCGAGGUGUAUAGUGGAUGCAUAUUUACCGAGCUGCGAAGCAGCGAGGUAAAUAUUCCUUAAGCCACUAUUCACCGAGAUAGAAAAGAAUAAUUGUUUUAGUAUAUUGUUGGUUUUCACAUGACGUCACUAAAAUUCAAACUACAAAACUAUCGAUCCUACCUAGAUUUUACUUUCACGAUACAUUAGAACAGCUGAAAACUAAUUUUCAUACAAAUUUUCGCUUCAAAAAGGUUUUUGGUUCUGUGAUAGAGUACGCUUGAAUUUCUAAGCUUUUGCGUGACGCGGCGUUUACAUGACGGCCAAGAGAGCUGUCAUGUAUGUUAAAAAAAUGACUUCUUUCAGGAAAUUUUGCUAUCUAAACAGUUCAUGUAUUAGAAAAAGUAUUACUUUAAUGUUUAUGAGUUUCCCGAAGAAUAAAUUCACGCUUUUGUAGCAAAACUCGGUAACAGAUGUUUGUGUUGGUUUCCGUCCGCCAUAUUGGAGCUAAUCCAGUUGAGCACCAAUAUGGCGUCUCCAUACAAAUCUCUAUAAGUUUGGGUAAAACAUUUCUUCGGAUAUCUCGUAUACGAAAUAUUCCUCUGACCUGAAUCUUUGCGAGCGUCUUUGUAUAUGUACCUCCUUUUUCCCCCUAGAUUCUGGACUAUAUCUAUUGAACAGUUUUGAUUUUUAUUUUGAUCUAUUUUGACUGGCGUGACACCGAAAACCAGCAAUACACACGAAAUGAUCUCAACAAAAUCAGAGAGGAAACCAUUAAAAAGUACGAUUUGAUUGACGGAUCAAAUCACACGAAAGUUUAAAAAUAGAUCAUUGCAGAAAAUUCAAACAUGGCAAUUCACAAGUUUAUCACUUCGCAAACAACAGCAUAAUGGCUUAAAUGGAACAGUUAAAAGUUUGAAUUGUUUCCUUACCUAAGAAGAAAAGUGGAGCUUUGUUGUUUUCUGUUGACUCGCCAAGUUUAUCGCCAAAAAGGUUUGUUGUGUCGUUCUUCGCUUAAAGUGCCGACAAAAAUGGCGGCUCGGUUGCUCGAGGUAAGACGUCGUCUUCCUUUUGCAUUCUUUUUCCUAUUUACUUGAAACGUGGAAUUUCUGCAAACAUUUUCUUUCAAAUUUGUUUGUCUUAAAUAAACUUCGAUUUUGGGGCCAAAUUUUUCUUGUUAGGAAACGCUGAGUUCACGAAACGGCCUCUUCGCCAAUAAACUGGAGUUGUAAACAAUCCAUCGAGCAAAGAACUCAGCUGCAGUAAAUGGAAAAACGCCGUUUUGAAAUAUUCGAAGUCUUUUCUUGCCCUAAAAAAUGUCAACCCUAAGAUUUUGUCGAGUUUUAAAAGAUUAUUCUCAAAAAAAUGGGAAAAACACCAAGCUCACACAUUAUCCACUCGCUAGGAGGUGAAUAUUGUUGAAUAGUCCGAGAUAGCGAGCCAAUCAGAUUGCUUAAAUCACCAAGAUCCCUGAGUGUGUAUAUACUAAUAAAGAAUUAUGCAGAUCUCGGAGGGUGUUAUCCACCUCGAUCUGCAUAAUUCUUCAUAUCCGAUCUUACUCAGCCUCAUUCAUUGAUUGCUAAAUAAAACGUGAAAGCAUUUAACAAAAAUAGGGUUAGAGGAUGACUGAAAGCCGUAAAAAAGUGAUAAGGAGCAGAACUGGUUUUUCAUGAAAUUAGACUUAAGUACUUGGCGUAAAUUCAAAUUCUCAUGUUAGUGUGAACUUGUUCUUUAUAGCAAUCUUGGGGACCCUUCAAAAGGGAAGCAGUAUCUUAAAAGAGCACUGAAAGGAAAAGAACAGUAUUACAAGGGAAAAGCUGACCAUCAAGUUGCUUUCACCUUAAGAAGUCUUGCAAAUGUCUUGAACGAACUGGGAGAACACAACGAGGCUAUGUGAGUGUCAUAAUUGUAUGUGUCGUAGUAUUCACCUAUUUAGAGUUCGGGUUCUUUGUUUUGUGUCUAACCUCAAAAUAGAAGUUGAUUUUUAUUGCCGGUUUUCAGUGUCACGCCAUUCAAAAUAGAUAAAAAAAAACUCAAAACCGUUCAAUAGAUAUAGUCCAGAAUCUGGGAAAUGAAAGGAGGUAAAUAUGCAAAGACCCUCGCCAAAUUUCAGAUCGGAGGAAUAUUUCGUAUACGAGAUAUUCGAAGAAACGUUUUACCCAAAUUUAUAGAGAUUUGUUUGGAGACGCCAUGCUGGUGCUCAUCCGGAUGAACACCAACAUGGCGGACGGAAACCAACAGAAACACCUGUUACCGAGUUUUGCUACAAAAGCGUGAAUUUAUUCUUCGAAGAACUCAUAAACAUUAAAGUAAUACUUUUUCUAAUACAUGAACUGUUUAGAUAGCAAAAUUCCGUGAAAUAAGUCAUUUUUUUCACCUACAUGACAGCUCUCUUGGCCGUCAUGUAAAUGCCGCGUCACGCAAAAGCUUAGGGAUUCAAGCGUACUCUAUCACAAAACCAAGAACCCUUUUGAUGCGAAAAUUUGUAUGAAAAUUAGUUUUCAGCUGCUCUAAUACAUCGUGAAAGUAAAAUUUCAGUAGGAUCGAUAGUUUUGUAGUUUGAAUUUUAGUGACGUCAUGUGAAAACCAGCAAUUAUUGAACUGCAAAGAUGAAUUGAUAUAAGCAUUAUUUCGUUUGUAGUGACUUCGCAAAGAGAGCUGUUGAUAUCCAUUUUGAAGGCGGUUACGAGUUCAGGCAAGAGUAUGGCUAUAGCCUGAGUACACUGGGAUCGUCGUAUCGUUACUUGGGUUGGUAUGAGCAGGCGGAAAAAUACCUGAAAGACGCUCUCGAGAUUGCCAGAUCGGUUGAUUCGCCAAGCAAGCUAAGGGUAAUAGAUUUUUACAUUGUUGUGCUCAAUUUUUUAACAUGCAUGGACACAUUCAGAUCAAAGACAGACCGGCAAAAUGUUACUUUAGCCAGACAUUAAUUAUCAUGAGAUUCUAUCACCCCACAUGCUUCUAACUGCACUCUUUAAUCCUGAUAUUUUUCAACUUGUUGAAAUUCCUUUUUAUGUAUCCUACUAUCCCGCAAGGUAUAGAAUUAUAAAUAUUAUUAAUUAUAAUAAUAAUAAUUAUUAUUAUUAUAAUUAUUUAUUAUUAUUAUUAAUAUUAUUCAAGCUUACCAGUAAAGCCAUUUAUGUUGUGGUGGCCUAUACACCUUCGAAUGGUAGGAAUUUUACUGAGGGUUUCUUUAAGAUGGUGGGAAAUCUUGUUCGAUCUCUUCAUAAUGAAUAAAAAAAAAUCAUUAUUAGUCUCGCUUGCUUGAGGAAAGGGAGACUCUUAAAAUGCAGUCCUUUUUUUUUUUUUCUUUUUUCGGUGAGACCUAGUUUGUAGGCCCCGCGUUCCUAGCGAAGACCUUGGAAACUGAGGAUAAAAAUCGUGACGACUUUCAUUGUAUGGAAAUGAGUCUCGUGAUGAGAAUGUAGUUUAUUUCGGCGAUGACUGAAAUGACGCAUGUAAGUUUGGCAAUGACGUAAUUUUCCUCGAAUGGAGGCCCUUGAUUUUCGUGUAAUUAUGCACGACAUGAAGGCACACCCCAAGCAGGAUGAAAAAAUAUUAUAGCGGGGAAAUCCUCAGGAUUUUCUGGCUUUUUACGGCGUUACGUUUCUCAGAAUAUUGUCGCAAUUACAGGAAAUGUACGGUUAAAUAGAUUCACUUUGUUUUAUGUAUUUUAUUGAUAGAUUUUCGCAGUUGUUACGAUGUGAAGUCGUGUUGCACGUCAUAAAUACUUGAGAUAUGAAGUAUCCACUGUCACGUAAUUUUUACGUGCGUACGUGCGUAAAAUUUGCGUUCGCAAAUAAAAUAAAGGCAAUGUAUGAAAGGCUGCACGUACAAUUAUGUAAGCGUAAAAGUAGAAACUCGCUUAAUUUGACGUUUAAUCUCAAUACUUUAUGUCUUACCUCUAUUUGAUUUACGUGAUUAAAAUUUACGUGCGUUAACAUGCGGAGCCAAAAACGCAUCAGUGGAAAUCCACCCUAACGUGUCACGGAUGUGUUUAUACGGUUAGCUUUGAACUUGACUAACCGCACACUCUACUUGCAGCACUUCAUGUCCAUAGUUAAUAGAAAUCCCAUAUCGAGCUUUUCCGGAGCGGGUUGGUCCAAGAAUUAUAUGGCUUGAAAGCGUUGAUUAUUUUGGAACAACUGAUCAAUUCAGUGGUCGAAAAAAAAAGAAUAAUCUUAAUGAGCAAAACUUCAAGGUUUACUGGAAAAUCAGGAUCGAGGAUCGAGAAAUCAGGGAUCAAGGAUCGGUUAAAAAGAACUUGAAAAUAAAAUAAAUAAAUAAAUCGUGGAUCAGUGAUGAUGUGGGCCGCAGACUGUAGAUAAAUUUCACAGAACAUAACCCCGUUCGCUGCACUGAACGCUAAAUUCAAGUAAACUAAUCCGAGUCUCUGAGUCAGUGAUUGUUUUGACGAGAAAGUGAAAUUUUCCGGGAAAAUGAAACGCUUUAUCCUGGUGAUACUGUAAUUCAAGAAAAAACUUUUAACAGUUUUUAAUUUUUAAGUGUACAUUUGCUUUCAGUACUACUUAUUUUUCUAGUAAUUGUUGUAGGCACGACCCCACCAGCAAUGCUGAUCUUUUUAUCGUGCCAUAAACCAAGGUUCUUACCUACCCACCUACCUACCUACCUACCUACCUACCUAUCCAUCCAUCCAUCCAUCCAUCCAUCCAUCCAUCCAUCCAUCCAUCCAUCCAUCCAUCCAUCCAUCCAUCCAUCCAUCCAUCCAUCCACCCACCCAUCCAUCCAUCCACCCACCCAUCCACCCAUCCAUCCACCCAUCCAUCCACCCAUCCAUCCAUCCAUCCACCCAUCCAUCCAUCCAUCCACCCACCCAUCCACCCAUCCAUCCAUCCAUCCAUCCACCCACCCACCCACCCAUCCAUCCAUCCAUCCAUCCAUCCAUCCAUCCAUCCAUCCACCCACCCACCCAUCCAUCCAUCCAUCCAUCCAUCCAUCCAUCCAUCCAUCCAUCCAUCCAUCCAUCCAUCCAUCCAUCUAUCCAUCUAUCUAUCUAUCUAUCUAUCUAUCUAUCUAUCUAUCUGGUGGGAGCAAAAGUGGAAUUUCCGAUUGGUAAAAAGUUGUUCCAUUUGGUCUUAAACCCCGGUACGUCGCGGUGCCCGACCGUGGACCUGGAACUGGUACAAACUACGAGAAACGUAAAUGAAACACGACAUUCCGUUCGGAAAUUCUAACCGGGAAAACGGGCCCACCUUUUUAGAUUUUCCACUUUUUCUGGGAAUGUUCCAGUGAGACGAGCCGACGAAACGUGUUCCAUUUACCGCCGAACCAGAAAUCCCGGAAAUUUUGACUAAAUGGAAAGCGCCCCUACGUAUAUUUAUACUGACAGAGUCAUGGGCCCCUGAUACCGAUAAAAAUCAUCGUUCAAUUUUUCGAGUGUAGAAUCCCUGAAAGAGUACUCCUCAAUGGAGCAAUAUCAAUAUGUAGAAGGUUUUCAAAGGUUUCACACCGGUUUGAGGCUAAGAUGUGUGGCCUGUCCCUCCUUGCAAUUUUUACUUUUUGAGUAACGGCACCGUGGCCUUUGACAACAAAACUCAUCUCCAAGCAAGCGAGACUCAACGCUACUAAGAGCGUUCUUGUUUUUAAUUAGGCGACCUCAAAGAUGUUUGGUUUCUGCCGCAUUUCAUCCUCUUCAUAUUUUACUUAAAAUACUAGACUUACAAGAGUAGCUUUAUAUUAACCCAGAGGCAUUGUUUACAGAUGGGUGAAACUCUUAGUCGUCUAUCUUCGGUUCAAAGAAACUUGGAGAAACUUGACGAGAGCAUCGAUUCGUUGAGGGAAGCCAAAGAAAUGUUUGGAAACAACGAUAUUUACAGCGCUAUUAUACUGUCAAAGCUGAGUGUCGUUUACCGCCAUAAAGGAGAUUUAAAAACCAGUUUGGCUUAUGCAGAGAGGGGUAAAGAAAUCACAGAUAAUCACCAUGGCACGAAAAGUCACCCUGGUAAGUGCUCGCCUGUUCUGGGUGAUACUUAGCCCACCCACCCAUCUUCAUAGGCGAUUCGAGACUGACGAGAGAAGAGGCGAAGAACUGGAAACAAACUUAAGUUAACUCUCGCCGUCCCGACGUGCACAUAGAGGUCUGGGUAAGAACCACUUACCUGCCAGUUCUGAUUAAUACUUAUCUUAUCGAAUGUCUUUGUAAUGAUCAGCGGAUGAUUUUCUAGUACGUAUGCGUGCAUAUUUGUACUAGGUCCUUUCAUUCUCGGCCCCAUUGCUUACGAGUUUGGAAAUGCGCGCGUAAGCUCUUGGAAACUCUGCGCCCGAGUAGCUAAAAUCUGGCUAUUUGGGCCUCACAACGCAUGCUCUUUGAUCCAACCAAAACUUUUUGCUCCUUUUAUAUCUUCUUCAUCUCGAAGGUCUUGUGCUGCCUCAGCAUUAGAACUGAAGAAAUUCAGUUAACGGCCUUGAAGAAUUUUCAGGUAUUCAAGGCUCUUGAGGUAGCCGCUGAGAAAAUACUGUUAAACGCUCCCAGUCACGGAUUUGAGACUUGACGUUUGCAUAUGCUUGACAGUUGAUUAAAUAUUUCUGUGGACUACUUCACGAGGCGGUAAGUGAAACCCGAAUGGCUUGUUAAGAUAAACGUAUAGAAAUUCCAAUAAAACUUUCCAAAUAUGAAUUUAGCGCUCUAUGUUUGUUUGUGAACAUUAACACGUCAGCAAAGCUGCUUUGAAAUGCGAUAUCGUGGGAAAAGAAGACAACUAUAAAUAUCUUAGUAGUCGCAUUGUACACGCAUCACUUUAGGGAACGAUUUCCUUUUUUGGGGUUUUUUCCUUGCAUGUCUGUUUUUCGGCAAUUUACGACAAGAAGCUCAAGUUUUCAUUCAUACUCGGCUACUUCGUGUGAAUACGAUAACGUGGAAGUCAAAGAAAAAUCAGUAAUGUGUCAUGCUUUUUAAGUAAUAGCUAACAAAGAUGUCGGUGUAUUUUUAUUUUAUUUUUUCACUUACAAAUCUUUUUGUGGUUCAAUUUUCGAUAUGUAGCUUAGCUAUUUUAUUUGAAAAUUGGAAAAUCCAGUAAUUCUGCCAAAUUAGUUGUGCGAAUGUUGUUUUGGAAUGCUGAAAUCAAGAACACUUCUAGGGAAAAACCCGCUCACACGCCAGACACGCCGCACGUUCAACUGCUCUCGUGCAAACUUGAAUGGACCAAUUAGAAACACUUUUAUUGUUUUUUGUUGAAACCAAUCAGAGACAAUCUUGUUCCAGGGUUCCCCAGAGCUCUUGAUCCCUCUCCUCUACAUGCGCAGAAGAGCUCUGAGUCGAGAUUGUAGGUUCUUUGAGAAUCGGUCAUGUUGAAGAACCAUAGAAGUUGUUUAUUAAACUUUGUUAAUCUUGCUCCGUUACGGUCUCUAGUGAAGAUUUUUGCAGUCUUCACUGUAUGGAACUAAAGACUUUUACCUAGAAUGGCUUGGAAUCGAAGGCUAAGGGCGGGUAAACACGGUACGAUUUGUCGACCCGAUCUGGGACAGAUUAGACACGCCUCGAGCAGAACAAUUUGCUCGAUUUUAGCCGGACUGAUUUUUUGAUCGUCUUCCUUUAGAUGGAAAGACCGGCCAGAUAAAUCGUAUCCUGUAUAUCGCCCUUGGCCUAUAAAGGCUGGAUAUUGCCUAAUUCAUUUAGGGUUUCCAUGUCUCCGAAAUGUUGCUAAAAUCUAGCCAUUCAAUUACCCUUGAAAUAAGGCAUUUUGCCUAGGUGAUCGCAAACUUUCCAUUUUCUCUGACCUUCUCCUCUUGUGGUCUCUAAUUAGAGAGCUUGCUGUUAAGCUAAUAAAGCGUGUAAGAUGGUUCCACUGCCUUAUCUCCUUUGUUUCUUGUGAAAAGCUAUAGCCACCGCACUGUUGAACCUUGGCCAGGCACAAAUCGAUACGGGGAAUGUGGAGAAUGCAGAAAGACAUCUAAACAGGGCACUGAAGAUUUACAAAAAAACUCGUGGGGAAAAUCAUCGAGUUAUUGCCGCCAACCUAAACUACCUAGGAUAUGCCUAUCGGCAACAAGGGCAGGUGUGGAAAGCAAAAGAAACUCUGGAAAAAGCGGUAAAGAUAAUGGACAUCUAUUCUCCUUCACAUCAAGGUAAUUUGCCUCUUGAGAAUAAUGUAAUCAGGCGUAGUGUCAUGAGCGUUCAAAAUAAAGUUGAUUCCCCGACAGCAUGCAAACCUAUGGCAUUUCUUAAAGGGACUGUGUCACGAUAGUGUGCAUGUGUGAGCUGUGACAGUAGCUGAUUGUCUUUGAACCAAUCGGAAGCGAGUAGGAUGCACGCGAGAAAAUUUACAUCAUUCAAGAUUCAUUGUUCGCGAAGCGGGAUUCUUCCGGACGCUUUUGUUCGAUUUUAUAUAUCCCCAUAAUUCAUAUUUAUUCUCUGGUAUUAAUGAGAUAAAUGUUGCAGCUGAUAAGAAUAAGAUUAACAAACCCUGUCCUGCUUUGAAACAAACAUUUACCUACGUGUAUUUUUACGUACCCACGCUAGAAAAUCAGUCUCCGAUCCGCAAACAAAAAUAAUUUGUAAACAAACCUUACUGAUCUCUCUGUUUACUCUAUAUAAACUUAGAAAUACCUGCAAAUAGCUCCUGACCGGUGAUCAAAACACACAGUAUAGGAUGAGGCAAACGAUUUGCUUAAAAUGCCAGCUAAAUGCGCGCUAACAUAAAAUAUGCCAUGCCAUGCGGUCGGCUAGCGCGAUGAACACUCUGCCAACUGCAGCUCAGUCGAUUGAUACCAGCUGAAAAUCGUAGCAGUGUUUGAAAGCAAUUCAUAGCGCUUCAUCGUAAAACGCUUUCAUUGCAAUAGUAGCCACAUAACGUAUAAGUAUAAAGAUUAUUCUAAAAGAACAACGCAAGAAAAGGCAUAAACAGGAGCCAUCACUAUGCAUAAAUUUCAAUUGCUUGUCAGCAAAAAAAAAAAAAUUCCUUCCGAGUCGUUGCGUCGGGUGUUCCGCAAAACAAACAUUAUCGAUUCAACACCUAAAGAAACCAGAUGUCAAACGGAACAUUCAGGCAACAAUUUAUUUUUAAAAGAUCAAUUCUUAAACAUCUAUGCUCAUACAAAAAAGAUACAAGGAACAUUCCCAGUGAACUACAUCAGUAAAGAUCGCGCGGCCUGUUGUUAGUACUUUCUGCUUACGUUCUACGGAUCGGAGUCAUAAAUCAAAUGCCUGUUAAAACGUUUCAUGUUCGAUGGAUUGUUUCCUCAAACCUCACACGACUUCCUGUACAACAAAAGAUUGCUGGGUUUAUAGUCAGGGAGCAUAUGUCAUAAAAUAAAUUUCCGUGGGAUUUCUAUGGUGAAAGCAAACCACCUACCUAGAUGUGUUAAGGGAAACCUGAGGAACACAAAAAAUAUUGUCGGCAAUUUUGUAACCUGCACCGGCGGCCGCUAUGGGGGGUCUGUUUUUAUGACCUAUAUGGUUCAACAUGGAAUCGAGGCGCGAAUAUAAAAUGGCAUGUAAAUACAAUUAACUACAAUAAAUUUCCACAAAAAUACCAGAAAUCUUUAAUAUAGUCUAUCUAAUACAUAUCCAUAGACUUAAGUACUAAAUACUGAUCACAUGAUCAACACUGCACGAAAGCGAGGCUGGUCAUUUGUUGCCAUCAAAUAAGCAUCAAAGGCAUAAAUUUUGGUAUUGAAAAUUGAUCAGAGAGUUAAAUUUAUCAAAGUGAAUAUUCAUAUUUUAGAACUAUAUUCAAAUCAAUAGCUCAUUGGAAUCAGGAAAAAACUAUGAUUUUGGUCAGCGGUCAUUUUCAUCAUUUUAGAGGUCCGCCAAGUUGGAUUUACAGACCAGGGGCGACAUGUUUAAGAAGAUAUGGAAACGGAUUCUGGUAGAAAAACAAACGAAACUGAGGCCCAAGGGUUGGAUUUACGUUAAUGUAUAAUUUGUUAAAGGAGAAAAAAAGAAAAUGUACUUGAAAAGCCCGAAGCUCAUGAAAAAGUUUGGGUAUCGAUCGAGGAAUAGAGUAAAUACAGCAAUCUUCAGUACACAGAAGUGUGGAAAAAGUUGAGGUUUACUUCUGUCCAAGAGCUCGAGGAUGGGCGGGCAUCAUGGCAUAGAUCAUGUUAAGGUAAGAGAGGCAGCUCGAAGGCCCCAAUGAGUCCAGGCGAAAAUCACGACCGGAUUCAUCAGUAGAAAUCCCUCAACUAACCCGUUCGAAAACGUCUCCCUACAAUAAGAAUGUCUGUUCUUUCUACGAUGGCCCACCCGGUUACCGUAAGAACCUGCAUAAUAUCAGUACCUUUUCUGCUGGUGAGUCCCUUCGCACUGCCAUUGGGAUGUCAGGGAAUGAUAAACUCUCAGUUAAGCUCAACACAUCAAUUUCUCCAGAUGAUGCUCAUUCGAUAGAUAUAAAGUACCACAAAAACUGCUGGAAAAUUCAACUAUCGCACGUUUUACGAAGAGAAACAUCCAAGUCAUCAUCUGCGAAGUUGGCUGGUGAGAUUGCAGCACAAAUGGAAUUCCUUACAAUGACAGAGAUGACUUUGAGGAGUGGAAAAGUGGCGACUAUGUCCGAAUUACAAGAUUCUUUUGAAAGCAUACUAGAAUCUAACAAUGUGGAAAAUCCGAGGGGCGGACGAAAGGCUUUGCAGCAGUUACUACUCCGAGAGAUACCAGAGAUAGAGUUUCAUGCAGAUAAACGUGUCAAUGAGUCCGAGCGAGUCAGUAUCAAGAAGACAAAGAGAUGAAGCAAUCAGAUGACUGAGGAUCAGACUGCAAAAAUAGACUUCGAUAUAAAAACUCUGUUUGAUGCCGCCGCAAUAAUUAGGAAAUCUAUCACCAAACGUAGGAAGUGGAAGUUCACAGGUUCACUGGAAAACCUGCCUGAUGAGAAUGUACCAGCAGCGCUUUUUAGUUUUUAUAGAUGGAUUAUACAAGGCACAAAACAUGAGCUUUCUACUGGAAAGAAAUCUGAGGAAGUGUACAAUCGUGCAAUGGCUCUAUCCCAGACCACUGUAUCGAUGUGUUUGACUGAGAGGCAAGUCAAAAAUAAGAAGUCCGAUGUCGUAAGAUCCUCGUUGGAAAUGCCGCUGCAGUUAGCCGUUGGGAUAGCUGUACACCAGGCCGUGGGAAACAAGCAGCUCAUAACCAUGCUACAUGGAUUUGGAAUGUCAGUGGACUACAACAGGAUCUUGAGAGUAGAGGCCCAUAUCGAAGCUAGCGUUCUAAAGCGCAUGGAGCUGAAUGAUGGUCUAUAUAUACCCCCUGAUUUAGUUUUGGGUAGGCACGUCUUUUUUGCGGUCGAUAACGUGGAUUUCGCAGAGGAGACUCCUGGUGGCAAGAAUACCUUCCACGGCACAGCGAUGGCAAUCUAGCAAAGGCAGGAACCAGGCGGUGUAGCACCAAAGCUGACCGUGGAUCCCGGAGAUCAGUGUCGUCGCUCAAUCAGACAGCUUCCCGAGUCUAUGACAACCUUGCUAGAAUGUCCUGUGCCCCCCGGAAAGCCUGUUGGUCCCACCUUCCCCCAGUUUGGAUUGUGUACCGAAGACAAACUUGCAUUGUACAUCAAGAAGCAAGAUUUCACAUGGCUUCUCGGACGCAGUUUGACCAGAACGAUCACCAAAAGAAAAGUUGAAGAAGAUCAGCCCCCUAGUACCGACAUCCCAGUAUGAUCUGGCUAUAACUCCACUUUGAGUAGUUCCAUGCCGUUGACACGAGUUGGCACCUCUCCCCUGAUCUCUGCACCAGCACCCGAGUGGCAGACUGCUUACCAUUUUGAUGCAAACACAGAGUAUUAAGACGACUUGACAUGGGACUCUAUAAACUGGCAAAGAAGUUGCAGAUGACCCGUCAAGAUCUUGGGCAUAUAAUACAUCGUCCCGGUGAGGUACACAUCGUGAUGGACCAACCUCGCACAAUCGGUGCAUUCAUCGAGAAUAGCGGGCUGGACAUGUGCUGGAUCGAGUCGGAUCUCUAUGGGCCUUCCACUGUGAAGCAGAUUCUCCGUGGGAACCACGUGAAGAGAGGAGAAGCAGCGCACAUGGUUAUAUUACAAGCUCUAUUCAGCCUCUACCUGGAAGCCUUCUUCGUGAGACACCCAGCUGUGUUACUGUUGUUAAGAAGUCGGCUAACCAGUUAAGCGAUACGUUAAAAAAGGCAACAAACAAGAUAUUACAGCAAAGCACAAAGAACUGGCACAGACCAUCGCUUCAACAGAGCUUGCUGCAAAGAUGGAGCAAUUUGAUGCUCAUCAUGAGGAUAGUCCACUGUUCAAGUUCACUCGAGGGUACAUGGCAAUGGUUAUGGAGAUGAUGACGUUUAUCAGAGCCGUGCAGACAGGAGACGGGGAUCUCCAUUUAGAAGCCUACAGUUGUUUGUGAAAUACUUCUUUGCGCAAGACAUGCUAAACUACGCUCACAUGAUUCCUGUUUACUUGGCAGAGAUAGAGAUAGUAAAGGAGACCGAUCCUGAAAUCUAGCAGGAGUUCCAGAAUGGUAACUGGGUGGUGAAGAACAACGCGAAGGUAGCAUUCUGUGCCGUUGGCGCCGACGGGCCUGAACACGUCAAAAGAUCAAUGAAAGUCUCAGGUGGAUUGAUUGCCAUCAGGCUGAACCCUACUGCACGCACGAAGUAUUUUUUGAUUGCACCUGGGUUAGCAAGGCUGGCAGAACAAGCCAAGCUGAUGGCAGGUACUUCAUCCAAGACUUAGACUAGCCAUCACAACCUCACUACUGCUGUCAGGUUACGUGAAGAAAGGAACGUCUAGCAGCUGACCGCUAGUAUUCAACGCUUCACCCAAUGCGUUAACAGUAGAAGGCCCUGACCUAAUGAUGAAUGAUUUUUACCUGACAUCCAUGUUCUAUAGACCGCAAGGCAGUAUGAGAUCAGUUGUGCUAUUUUUAAAGUCGUUAUCAUCGCCAAAGGCCUGACUAGGUUUUGCGUAGUAAUAAUUAUAUAUACCUGUAAACCUGCUAUGGUUAACAUGACGCCCUCGGAGCAAGGUUAAUAAUAGCUAACAUAUCGCAUAGCUAAGGCCUGGACUAAGCGUCAAGCCAACGUUGUGCCGAACGUAAUUCCAUUUGGUUUGACGAUUAGCGCGGGAGUGGUUCUAAACGUCAAAUUGGUUGGUUCUGUUUUCAUAAGCUAGUUGUAUUUCUUCUUCGCACUGAAAGCGCCAAUUUUCGGAAAGGAAUUUGGUUAGGCACGACAAUGGCUCGACGCUUAGACCAGGCCUAACAAGUGCCGGCGAGCUCAGCCUCACUUCCGUGUCCUCUCGUGGAACAAAACAUAUUCAAAUGUAGUUCAAGUAACGUGAACAAAACAUAUCAUCAUGUAUUUCACUUGUCGAUUCAUUUGUCUGAACAACUCCAGAAAAAGAAAUAUGCUUUUGAUGUUUAUUUGAAGAUAGUAAAUUACCAGCCUCGCUUUCGUGCAGUGUUGAUCACGUCAUCAGUAUUUAGUACUUAAGUCUAUGGAUAUGUAUUAGAUAGACUAUAUUAAAGAUUUCUGGUAUUUUUUGUGGAAAUUUAUUGUAGUUAAUUGUAUUUACAUGCCAUUUUAUAUUCGAGCCUCGAUUCCAUGUUGAGCCAUAUAGGUCUAAAAAUAGACCCCCAAUAGCGGCCGCCGGUGCAGGUUACAAAAUUGCCGACAACAUUUUUUGUGUUCCUUAGGGUCCCCUUAACACAACUAGGUAGGUGGUUUGCUUUCACCAAAAAAUUGCCACGGGAUUACAUAUGCUCCCUGACUAUUACUCCUUCUGAUUCCAGGCACUCGAUAAAUUAAAUUGUUGCAGUCAUGUCGCAAAUCAGCUUCACUCGCCGCUGCGUCCCAUUAGCGGUCCACGACUGCAUCGAGAAAACCCUUUUUAACUCUCUUUACAUAUUUAUCGUUUAAAAAAUGUCCGUCAAAGGUAGAUCGUUGACUAGAGAACAUUCAUAGACAGAAAUGAAAGCCAGAUGACCACAUUAAAGGCCACAUUUGAUCUGUUUGUAUGAACACUGACAACAACGAACAUGGCUUCGUACGUUUAUCCUCAAUGACUUCGAAUUUUCUCGACAAUACUUGCACAAAAAUACAAAAUAUAGCGUUUAAAACUUCGCAAAUGGACCAAAUAGCUAUUGAAUACUGAUAUUAUGGCUUUCUCGGUCGUCUCAGGGUCGAUGGAAGAGGAUUUCUUCACCAAAACGCCAAUCUUGAAAAACUGUUCGCCGGAACAGAAAUCAAGUUGCCGCACAUACGCAGAAGCGUGUCAUAGUCCCUUUAAGGCUACUGUUUCACACUUAACCUGAUAGCUUUUGCGCCGGCAUGAAAACCUUACUGGAUAGGGCUUCUAUUCACGGUGAUUUCGGCGAGAUGUAACGGAGCGAAAGCUGCGCCGCGCCGAUCUCUAAAGUGGACUAUUAAAAACUGAAUCAUUUGAUAAUGCAAUUCUAGCGUUUUCAUUGGCUUAGCCAUUAUGGUAUAUGAGCCAUUAUACCAUGCUCUCCACAUAUGGUCGAUGUACGCGUCAGUUGAAACUUGGAAGCUAGCUUAGAUUUUUUAUCGCUAAGGAUAGAAUGGCGCCCGAAACAAAUCGUUUUAAUUCAUUUCUUAGAAUACUAGAAAAUGCAAUUUCAUCGGGGAAAAAAAAGACAAACAAACCAAAAAAGACACAAGAGCUUGUUUGAAAAUUUAUCGAAAAACACUUGAAAAUACACGGAACUAAAGUACCUUCACCAGCUACGAAAGAAGACAAGCGCUGUUUCUUCAUGAUUGCGAAGCCAUUCGCCGAGUCCCUCGCCGAUAGAUAACUGCGGCUUGUUUAUCCGACAUGAAGAAUACAAAUGACAAGCAACCAGAAUACAGGUUAUGCAGCCAUUCACUACAGCAAUCGAGGCGUCAGUAUAGCUUCUUUUCUCGUUCAUCAAAACCAGCUUGUGGCUUCAAACAACUUCAUAACAAGCGACCGCGGUACUAGUUUUUCUCCAUUGUUCUUACUUUUGUAACUGCACAGAAAAUCCAAAUUCACAGUAAUUUCGACGAUUGUAGCUUAAAAAUUCUUUUUCUUCACAUUAUCCGUCAGGUUUUUUUAGCUGUCCUGCUGUGUAAAAUCCUAGAAUCCCGAUGAGUUUUUAAAAGUGUUCAUCGCUACAAUGUUUUGAUUUUCCAUUCAUCCAGUCCAGGCGAGUCCGUUCGCGCGUUGACAGUAGGGACUUUACGAACCAGAACGCGACGCAGUUUGAAAACACCGAAACGGAGAAGGGUCCGGGGCGAGAACGCCGUCACUAGCGCGGGAAAAACAGUUACGGAUGCGAACGCGACGACAGAGGCAGAGCUGUGCAAAUCCUUUAAACUCCGUUAAACACAUUUUCGUUUUAUAGCUGGUGUUAUACAUCAUAAAUGGCAACAUUCAGAGAGGCAAGGGAAGCUUUAUUGUUUGCCUAUCAAGAUGGAAGCAUUGAUGAUACAGAGUUUGCCCUGUUGUACGAUUUGAAUUCUUCUGAAAAUCUCGAAUUUCCUUAUUGGAAGUAUGGUCGCUUCGAUCUUGAUUCUACGACAGAUGAUGAGUGUAAGGCUGAGUUUCGGUUUUUCAAGAACGAUGUUUAUUUACUCGGAGAAGUUCUUAAUAUUCCAGACAUAAUGAAAUGCCCCAGUGGCGUUCUUGUGGACGGAACGGAGGCUUUGAGUGUGUUGUUGAAGCGUUUUGCAUACCCGUGUCGAUUUGCAGGUAUGGUUGCUCUAUUCGGGUGACCGGUUCCACAACUUUGCAUGAUUACAAACCGAAUGAUGGACUGUUUAUUCGAUGAAUAUAGCCACCUUCUCGCAGAUUUAAAUCAGCCAUGGCUUUCCAGGGACCGUCUCCGUCAUUUUGCUGCCACUAUACAUGAUAAAGGAGCUCCACUCGAAAACUGUUGGGGUUUCAUAGACGGAACAGUGAGACCCUUAUGUAAGCCAAAUGAAAACCAAAGAAUUCUCUAUAACGGACAUAAAAGGGUGCAUGGGAUAAAGUUUCAGUCCGUAGUUGCGCCAAAAGGGGUUAUCGCAAGUCUGUUUGGUCCAGUCGAGGGAAGAAGACACGAUAGUGGUAUGCUAGUCGACUCAGGACUUCUGCAAGAAUUAUCGCAUUACUCGUUUGCACCGGACGGGACACCCUUAUGCGUUUAUGGCGACCCUGUGUACCCUUUGCGUGUCCAUUUACAAGGGCCCUUCAAAGGCGCUCAUUUGACACCUGCAGAGCAACAGUUCAACAAGGUCAUGAGCCAAGUCAGAGUUUCAGUAGAAUGGCUAUUUGGAGACAUUGUUAACUACUUUGCAUUCCUAGAUUUCAAGAAAAACUUAAAAAUCGGCUUAAGUCCUGUGAGGAAAAUGUACAUUGUGUGCCCGCUCUUGAGAAACGCUCACAGUUGUUUUUAUCAAUCAAGUACUUCGAAGUUUUUUGAAAUAGAUCCACCCCAAAUCCAGGACUAUUUCAAUUAGGUUUCAGAGGUCCAAUGUAUUCUGCAAUUGUUACUCAUUUUCAAAAGGUUAUACAGCCAUAAAGUUGGACUGUGGUCAUUUUAACAUAACGGGGAAGGAGGAAAAGUCAUAGAAAAAUGUAUCAAGUCUAAUGCAAUACAUAACAUAAAAUUGAAAUGCCUGCAACCUACUGACCACCCGACCCUACCCCUUAUCCUGGUUUUUAGUUAUUAAUGACCACAGCCUUGGGACUGAAAUAAAACUCACAAGUUUUUCAAUACAACUUGAUUGUGUCUUAAUCACUAAACUGAUUUUAGUGAAGAGUACUGUUAACCCUACAAGAGAGAUUUUAAAAUUAGAAAUGUGAGCUUAAUGUUUGGCCUCAACAUACUCCCUCCCCUAGAUUCCCCAGUCCUUUUUAUUCCAGGGAGUUUUUUAAAACCUACUUUCGAACACAUAAAGUAUCACUAGUUUCUUUUAUAGCAGACUGAAAAUACAGAAUUUUAUUUCAGUUUACGCAACAGAAUGCAAAUUUUCAAAAAAAUUAUUCAACUAUCCUAGACAAAAAAUAUUUUCUAACAUGCCACCAUCCAAUGAGAUAACUGCAAUAAUAGAACAUAACAAAAGGCCGGCUCCUCAGCACAAGAAAAAUGCGGUGCCACUUUUCAAAUACAAACAUUGAUCGCUGACAGAAAAUUUUGGUCGUGCCUCUUGUCAAAACAAAGACAAUAGUUAAUACAAUAUUAUAUAGAUUUAGCCAGGGCUAAAAGCGAAGCUCUGGUUAAUAAUACUUGUAAACCAAAAAAUUAAAUCGUGUAAUGCUAAACGGGGAGGGCAAUGAAAAUGGCAUCAAGAUAAAUAGAUCUAAUUAGCAAAAAAACAAAUUUGCACGUGCAGCACGCUUUUUGUCUUUCUUUGCCGUUGUUUUGCAUAACUACAACGCUGUUUUGUAGGACUAUAACGUCAGACUUCCUAGUUACAGAUUAUUUUUAUCGAAGAAUUGUCGUAUGUGCUUACCCAAUAUUUUGUCUCCUGUGUUCAUGUUCGCUUUUAGUUUUCACUGCCGCUCAUUUUCACUUUGCUGGCCGCUAACAUUUCUCAUUGUCUCACAGCCGCUUUGAAUUUUCAUGUUUUUCUUCCUACAAAAUUCGUCACUUUUGUUUUCAAUCACUCGCUCUAGCUCUUUCUCUGUUAUCCACGUGAGUGUAAACAUCAAAAAUAACGUCGAAAAAGACACGACUUUGUUGUUCUUUUUUCUUUCUAAAAGUCCGGGCGGCCAUGCGAUUUCUUUCCGUUGCAUUUGGGUUGCCAUACCUGUUGAUUGAAUUAUUCUACAUUGGUAUGCCUGUGGUGCGGACGGACGGUCGGGCGGUCGGUGUACGGUCACGCGAUUACCAAAUUUUCUCGGAUGGGUAGUUUACCACAUUUAUUUGCUCAUGGUGCUCCGCUGCGCGCGCUUCGCGCGGCAGAGCCCCGCUACAAACUGGUUUUCAAAAUCAAGCGACACCUAUACCAGCAAUACCGGUGCAUUUUAAGUGAAUUAGGUAGCUAUUUGUUCACAACUUUGUCCAACAAACUCAUCAUUGCUUUAGUUUGGUCUUGUUGCUGUCUCAACAUCAGUUGUUGUGAUUCCAAGAGUUGCUGUUGCUGCUGUUGUUGUUGUUCUUUCAUUAGCCGCAUCAUUUCACUUUGUUGUUGCUGAAACUGGCGUUGCUGAUCAACGCUUGCCUGUAGACGUUUUGCAUCCAAAUCGUGUUACUCUUUUUUCAGCUGGAGUUCCUCAAGUUUAAGUUCCUGGUCUUUUUCCGCUUUUUUGGACAGGAACAACAUGGUCUCGCGGCCACUUCUCCGUUCUCUUUUCUUUACUUUUCCUUGAUCAUUUUCGCCUGAAUGUCUUUUCAUCGUCUCCGACACUUUCUCAAGUGCUUUAAGUCUCAUACCUGUGGCCUUCGCCUUCUCUUUUUCAGCCUUUCCUUUUAUAUUUUCGUCGUCUUCUUUCAUCUCUGCAUCAGCUGUUUCUUCGAGAGCCAUUAUUUCUUCCACCAAGUUUUCAAGUUCUGUGGGCUUGGGCGGCGCGAUGCCCGAGCUCCUUUCCUCAGCUCUCAAUUUCUUUUUGAUUCGGUUAAUUAAGGUGGCUCGACUGGAUUUUUUGGGGUUGAUACCUCCCAACUUUGAGCAUUAACUACGUCGACAUGAGUAAAGAUAUGGAAAAAAGGUUACCACAACUGUAUUAUAUAAAGAUGAAAAUUUCCUAUGACCUGGGUUUUAUUGCAAUCGGAGUCGCCAUGGCAACGUAAUGACGCCAUUACGUUUUUCAUUCAUCUUUGUGUUUCUCUGUUCCAGGAGUUUUUUGAUGAAAUCGCUUAAGAGAGUAUGUACCUGCUAUAAUUGCCUCCAUUAUGGCGUAAUUUCAACAAAUUCUAUGAGAGCGUUUUCGAAACAUUUUGAAAUGUAGUUUUAAGAAUGAUAAAAACAGUGAAAUAGCAUGCUAGCCACACAAUUCGCUAAUAUUUUAAGAAAAUGAUAAGCUUUGGGAACGAGGCUUCAUCUCAUAGUGGUUUGACUCCAUUGGAAACUGCAUCCAAAAAAAGAGGUGAAUUGCUCUGGGCGAUCGCGAGUAAGAAGAAUUUUAUUAACUUGCAUUCAGCUGCUUUUGAUACAGUUUUUGGACGUAAUUUGGUCAAUGCCUAAGAAUUUCGCAUUUUUCCAAAAACCGCUCGACAAAUUUUUUUAUGAAUUCGACAAUCCCGAGAUCAAUCGUCAAGAAAUAUUCCCUGCAAGUUUCAAGAACAUUGAAAAUAGGGAAGGCUUUUAAAUAGGGCCUCAAAUAUAACCAAUUUCCCCCCCAGAUUUUGUGUUUACAAAGGAGCGUCCUCAUUAUUCACUGGCAUUGUUUUCAAGUUUCAUAUGCACGUGCACAACCAGCAAAAGAUAUAAAUUUGCAUAAAAAAGAACUCUCGAUGACUUUCCGAAGAAAUAUCAGGAAUAUGCUAAUAGUUGGCUUGUCGUCACAGAUAGCAGUGAGAGCCGAAACGGUGAACGUCACGGCUCAUCGCGUAGGAUGGAAUACUUAAUUAUCUUACUCGGGUUAUAACAUCAUAGAAACUAUCACAAAGAGUUGCUUUGAUGUUAUAAUGUGUCAUUAAUCUCUUUACCCGGUAAUUAGCAUAUCCCGAAGAUUUAACCGAGGGUCCUUUCUGAUGCAAAUUCUAUCUUUUUGCUAAAUGUGCACGUGUAUAUGAAACUUGAAAACAAUGCCAGUGAAUAAUGAGGACGCUCACUUGUAAACACAAAAUCUGGGGGGAAAAUUGGUUAUAUUUGAGGUCCUAUUUAAAAGCCUUCCCUAUUUUCAAUGUUCUUAAAACUUGCAGGGAAUAUUUCUUGACAAUUGAUCUCGGGAUUGUCGAAUUUAUAAAAAAAUUUAUCGAGCGGUUUUUGGAAAAAUGCGAAAUUUUUAGGGAUGGACCAAAUUACGUCCAAAAACUGUAUCAAAAGCAGCUAAAUGCAAGUUAAUAAAAUUCUUCUUACUCGCGAUCGUCCAGAGCAAUUCCCCUCUUUUUUCGUAUGCAGUUUUCAAUGGAGUCAAACCACUAUGAGAUGAAGCCUCGUUCCCAAAGCUUAUCAUUUUCUUAAAAUAUUAGGGAAUUGUGUAGGUAGCAUGCUAUUUCACUGUUUUUAUCAUUCUUAAAACUACAUUUCAAAAUAUUUCGAAAACGCUCUCACAGAAUUUGUUCAAACUUUACCAUAAUGCAGGCAAUUAUAGCAGGUACAUACUCCCUUAAGCGAUUUCAUCAAAAAACUCCUGGAACAGAGAAACACAAAGAUACAUGAAAAACGUAAUUACGUCAUUACGUUGCCAUGGCGACUCCGAUUGCAAUAAAACCCAAAUCAUAAGAAAUUUUCAUCUUUAUAUAAUACAGUUGUGGUAACCUUUUUUCCAUAUCUUUACUCAUGCCGACGUAGUUAAUGCUCAAAGUUGGAAGGUAUCAACCCCAAAAAAUCCAGUCGAGCCACCUUAAGAUACCUACAUGAUCCCUUACGGACCUUUUAUCCACGGCAAAGACAGGCUAGGGACAGGUAUUAAAAGUGUUGACUAUUCUAUCCCAAAUUUCGCUUCUUUGCGACGAACUCUUUCUUGUUUUGAACAGAUUCUCGGAAACAACCUCUCUGCAUAACAGGACAUCAUGCUCGCUUGUCCAGUACAUCACAUUACUGCGUGAAAAAAAGAACAGUCUGUUUUAGUUUGUUUUCAAUGAAGAACAUAAAUAUAAAGUUUAAACUCACCUUAAUCUUAUAUUUAAGCAGGACAGGAAAUUGAAUCUUCUAAUAAAGUAAAUUGGACUUACUUGCCAGUUUUCGACUUUGGUAUCAAACUCGGCGGGUCUGCGUGUUGUCCAUUCAUCAUAGCGGUAACCAAUUGACCUGCAGUAAAAGGAAAAUUAAAAUGUUUAUGUGGUAUAUUUUACAAUAAAUAACAUUUUCAUGGAUUUAGAAAAACAGUUUUGCCUAUAAUUUAAUUCUAGGUCAAAUUCAGUAAAAACUACUCACGUUUUCUGGAGACGCUGCAAGUGUCAACCUCGUGUUCUGAACAUGAAGAAGACGCGUUGCAGUUUAGCGCCAAGUAUGCGCAGUGAAGCACUUUGUGAGCAAAUUACUUCCGGUGACGUUUCAGGCUGUGUCGUGUUCUGGUUCGUAAAGUCCCCAGUUUUGAUAGACGUGUGACAUGUCAAUAGCGGAAGUCCCUUGUCUUUUCCUGUUUGUUCCAGAUUCAAAGAGAUUUUGUGGGCGUUUUUAAUAAAACAAUUAUUCCACUCGCGCUUGUUGGAUAUGAGAUGAUUAUAGCCAACUCGGCGCUACGCGCCUCGUUGGCUAUCUAACCAUCUCAUAUCCAACGCGCCUUCGUGGAAUAAUUGUUAAGAGUCACAUAUCGGAUGCAUUAGGUGUUCCAGGGACGGAUCCAGGAUUUCUUUUAGGAGGGGUGCACUCGUCUCUUGCUCUACUUCAACACCAUGCAAUAAACCACAUAGUUUUUUUUUGCAGAAUACCAGCUGUAUUAGAAAAGCGCAGGUCAUCUCAGGGGGGAGGGAGGUGCGCACCCCCUGCACCCUCCCCCUAGAUCCGCCCCUGUGUUCGUACUAUUCUGGAUAGCAGUAAGGAUACACAAUACAUAACUAAUAACCUUUAUGUGCAAAAAAGUUAAUUCGCGCUGUUUCACACGUAGUAGCAAUUUUUCCAUUUCGUUCCAUCCGGCAAUAAUGUUAGCCAAUUUUCUGGGGUUGAAUCCUCAAGGACUGUAUCUAUAGUAAUUUCAGAGAAAAAAUAUCAGAAAUUCGUUUUCUUGUGUUAACGUCCUCCAUAAAAAAGUGAAAUUAGGAAGUUUCUUGUCAUAGCCGUGCAAAGUUAGACUUGCCGACAAGUCGAGCUCAAAUUUUUCACGAGCGCGAAGCGCGAGCGGUAGAUUUUUUUAUGUUCAACUACCGGAACCGGAAAUGAGAAGCGAAAGACUUUGAGAACGUCUAGUGCAAAGUUGUUGUUUUGCGAUUGCUGUCUGUCCGUUUUUGUUACCGUUGCUGUCCUCGUUGCUUAAAGUUCCGCAAUAUAUGUCUUAGAUAGGUGUCCCUUCAAAGAGAGUUUUCGGAAAUGACAAAUGAGGAACGGUAGGGAUCAAUUGUAUAGGUGCUAAUUUUAGGGUGGUAAAGAGAGAGUUUAGAAAUAUUUUCUUUUUUUUUCGGCAGAAAUGGCAAAUUCACUGAAAAGGCUCAGCAAAACUUGUUUAAUCCUUGGAGAGACCGUCAACAGUGCUGAUUUAGCAAACCGUGCUCUAGAGAUCUAUAACGAAACGUAUGGAAAUAUGCCACACAGGGAAGUAUGUGCUAACCAUUUAUACAAUAAUGUACCUGUCUUCAAAAGAAUUUUUUUACAAUAACUGAACGACUUCUAACGCGCUGAUUGGUCGAGAGCUAUGUUCGAUAAGAGCACAGUCCAUGGAGAUGAUUAUUGGUGGUGUAGUUUGUUUUAAAUUUGUCCUAUAGAAAAUGGACUUUAAAAAUUGACGAUAUUAUUGUAAAGAACAAAUCGACAACCAUUUUCCAUUGUCUGUACUCUUGCCGGCCAUAGAAGUGACGUCAGAAUGUUCAAAGCUUUGUGCACCCCUCGUGGUCCCAUCUUUUGAACAUUUUGACGUCAUUUCUAUGGUCGUUAAGAGUACAAACCAUAGAAAAUACUUGUCGCUUUGUAAAACUAAGCGGGCGUAUUACUAGGGCCGGGAGGGGGAUAGGGGUUGAGGCCAAGGUGCUCGGCACUUCAAUUUACCAGGCCCAGAAAGCACACUGAGCGUAAGCCCUGGUAAAAGGGAAUUAAGGAAUCACCUUGGUGGGAUUCGAACCAACGACCCUCUCGAUCUUCUGCCGGCUGAACGACUACAUCAGAGGCAGAGAGUGGAGGGUAAUCAAGGUCGUGAAUCUUAUUCCGAAAUCCGGUUGAUCUAAUGCAGAGGUUGUGGUUUGAUUUCCCCCGUGUUUUUUCUUUCCCUCUCGUGCUCCCUUAUUCCCUCUCCGAUGGUCAACGCUCAGUUAGAUUUUUGGGUCAUCCCUCACACUUCAAUUUACACAUAAGAGGCGAAGUUCGUCAUUUUAUCCUUUUUGUCAUCAGGUACAUUUGUUAGGUUAUUUAAUCAGGUAUUCGAAAAACUUCUGCAAAGUGCAGAAAUUCAGGGAGCUUAUUUCAUAUUUUGCGCCUCAGACUGGGGAGGGAAAAAGAGGGAAAUACAUAUACGCAAGAGCCAUUUGGCUCUUGAUAUGUGUUAUUGAUCAUUACCAAGAAUGCUGGAUGUCCUUUUUUGCGUUUUUCUUUUUUCUGACCGAGACGAGGACGACAUCAAUAACCUUACCCUUUUCUCUUACUUCGUACCACUAAAUUUCAUAUUUCCCACGAACGAUCCGUGACUGGAAUAAACUGCCUGAUUCUGUGGUAUUGGCACCAAGCAUAGUAGCGGGUACAAUUUGGUUUUAAGCCCUUAAGUGUCAUUUAUAGGCCACGAUACUAUUUUGCCGAGUGAUAGAUAACUAGUGAACCUAUGCCCAGGUUUUAUUUGAGGUCAAACUGUCAAACAUCUUUUAAUUAAAGACUUUAUUACACUUUAGACCUUUAUUACGUUGAGGGCUAUUUGGCUUAAAGAAAGCACAUCUAGAAUUUUAUAACAUUUAGGGACAUCUAAUACAUGCUUGGUCUCAUCUUGGUUUUAUUACCUUUGUUAGUGAAGACUGACUAUUUACUACUUUGCCUUAUAAUUACAGGUUAGGAAAUGCACGUUGAGGAUUGCUUACGCAUGCUCAAAGCUUGGGGUUUUUAACAAGGCUCAAGAAUAUAUCAAAGAGGUUGAACUUGGUUUUUCCCAGAAAAAUAUGGCCCAUCCAGAGUACGCUGUGUUUCUUCGAACAAAAACUGAAAUUACAUUGGACAAUCUUCAAUUUAGUUGGCCCAAGGAUGAAAAAGGCGUGCGAAAAAUGAUGUCAGAAGCAGAAACUGAUCUCAAUAGAGCAGACGUAAUCAUUCAACAGUCUCUUGGUAGCGAUCACCAACAGUAUGCAUUCUUGAAGCGAGAAAAAGCUCGUCUAUGCAUUCUGAUGGGGCAUUACGAAAAAGCCUAUAACGAGAUUCACUCUGCUCUGUCUAUUAUUGGUCAGAACUACCAAAAGCGCGACAUAAAGGCUGGUUUUUUGCUAAUUCGAGCAGAUGCUGAGGGCAAGCUUCAGCUGUCUUGUGCACAAGAGGAAUCCUUGGCAAGAGCAAAAAAAUGGUAUGAAGAAGCCUUUAGCGAUAAUCAUCCAAUGGUUGCCACCACACUACAAAAACGAUGCCAGAAAAAUAUUAAUCUAAAAAAUCUUUCUCAGGCAGAAGAAGACCUCGCAGCAAGCGAUAAAAUCUGUGAAAUUCAUAAAACUAGCUUACGAUGGCAACUAGACAGUAGUUGCUCUGGUUUUCUAGCAAACUACAGUUUGGAUCAUCACCCUGUUUUGAAGCGUCAACAGCAGCUAAAUAACAGAAUAAAGUGUAGUCCUGCUGGAGCAUGGUUUCAAUGA